AUGGAACUGAGUAGAAGGGGCACUACCCUAAAGUUAACCCUGAGUGAUGUCCACAAUCUGCUGCGAGGUAUUAGUGCAGUCAGGAACAAUGGAUACAGUUUACUGAAUCUGAAAACACUGCCGCUAUUGUCCCAGUUGGACUAGUAACUUGCAGCUGGUUGUGGACACCACUCAGGAUAAAGUCCAAAAUUCCCAUCCCCUCUAGUCAUUUCCAUGAGCAGCUUUUUGUCUGAUCCAGUGGAACUGGGAGCUUGUACUCUGAUCUUAUACUCUUAAACAGGUGUGAGAGAUGAGGAACGUUGGUGUUUAAACCUUAUGAUGAACCAAACACAUAAGGGAUUUGUAUGCUAAACGGGGAGAGUAGAGACUUGCCUUUAAUGUGUGGAGGGGGAGGAGUGCUAAUGAAGUAGAAUCUUACAUAGAUAAUGCUGCACACUUCAAACAUCCCAUUCUAACUUCGCCACAACUUUGUUUACUAAAUCUAUGGGACAAUCAAUUGAAAAAUUUCAUCUCAGGAAUUCUUGACAUGGAUGCUGGCCAGAACCUCAAUUGCCCCCAAAUAGAAAACCUUGCAGGACUUGGUGGGAGGGAUGCAAAACUGAAUUUCACACAAUUAAAAUAGCCAACGAAUUAUCCCAUACUUUGCUGCUGGCAGCCUAUAUGGAGCUUAAAUACCACAUCAAAUAGUGCCUUGUUUUCAUCCGGUCAAUGCCCAAAGAGAGCUACAUUUUAGGGUGAGCCUUGGCUUGAUUGACCAAUCAGAAUUCCCAAUCUGUACCCAGUCAUGUGUCUCAACUAUCUCCCUUCCACCCGACACUGACACCCACAAUUCACAAACAUUCACAAACAUUCAGAUUGAGGGAAGAAGUUACUAUGCUCUUGCAAAGAUGUGCCAUCUGACUCUAGGAAGGCAAGGCAAGACAGAAAGUUGUACCUUCACAGAGUCAUUUCACACUCCCUGUGACAAUAUGGCUACACUAAGGGCACAUUGAUGUUUUCCAUGGUCAACAUGGAACAAGCAAAGCAAAGAUGCACAACGCUAGAUAUGUAAUAGGCAUUUAUCUGGGGUGCAUCAUGCACAUGGCUGGUUGUGCCUCCCUGGCACACAGGUGUGUUUAAUGCCUCAAACCCUAGUGUGCCUCUGGGGACCCCAAACAGGUGAAGCAGUGCUGAGAGGUGCAACUGGAGUCUUGAUAUUGAGCAGCCUUGACCUGGACAGUGAUGACAUUCUGUUCUUUCCUUGCAGGAGGAAUCUUUGAAUAUACAGACGGCCCAAAUGCCCAGAUAAUGAAUGCGGAGGAGCAAGCCUUCCGAUUCUCAGCAAACAUUAUCAAUAGGAAUAGAACACUGCUACCCAACACAACCUUAACCUAUGAUAUCCAGAGGAUAAGCUUCCAUGAUAGCUUUGAAGCCACGAAGAAAGGUGAGUAUGGAACAAGUCCCUCUUUCUCCAUAGUUUUUGGGUCCUGUCCAGUGAAGGACUUCAUGGACAAGAACAUUUACAGGUUGAUGUGCUUGGUUGUUGUGGCUGAACUCGGGAGUUGUUGGGCUCUUUGAUAUGUCCUAAGAGCUCAUGACCUAACCCCAUUUCUGCUGCCCUUCCUCAGUGGGCCUGGUGUGUUAUGAAAUCCAUGAAGAACAUACAGGGUUUAGCUUUCUGUGGGAGAUACAUGGAUGCCACCCUUGGGGCAAUCAUUUCUUGAAGUCAUGUUAGCAGAGAGUGAGGUUGGCAGUGACUGGCUCAAUAUCACACCCAGUGAUCUGCAUGGGCUGAGUGGGGAUUUGAACCCUGUUCUCCCAUGUCCUAGUCUAACAUUCUAACAACUACACCACAGGCAGAAAAAUAGAUGAUGGGAACAUGGUGUUGAAGAAUGGAGAAAACCAAAGAGGAAGUUGAAUGCAGGUCUAGAGAUGGGAGGCGAGAUUGACUAGAUGACCCCUUGUGUCCCUUCCAACUCUACAAUGCUAUGAUUUGGCCUGUUGACAGGAGGGAAGUGGGCAGGCCUGAGAAAACUAGAAAACUGAGCCUUUUGUGGGUAGAGGGGCUGGGCUCUGCCCUUGUAAGAGCACCAGGCACAGUUGAAGGGUUGUACAGAAAGAGAGAAACUCUGCCAAUGAUCGCUGCCAUCAUCAAUUUCCAGCAAAAGUGGUCACCAAAGUGCCACAUUUCUUUGCAUUAGUUCUGCUUUAUUGCUGAAUCAGAUUUCCACAGGAAUUGAGCCUGGUGCCAAGAAGUCCUGGUGCCACAGAAAGCCUUGCUUGCUAUCCUCCGUCCAGGCGACUAAACAUCCAAUAUCCCAAACCUAAUUAAAGCUUUUUAAAAAAAUAAAAACAAAAUAUUAUGUGAUUCCAUCUAGAGCUGAAGCUAAUGGAAUGUGACAAGUAAAUAAGGAUUAGGUUUUUUAAAACAAACAAACAAACAAAAACCAUGCACACAUAGCUUCGAUUGAAUAUGGCUUCGAUUGGUAGAACGGUACUGUUUUUCUUUUUGGGGGUAACAUCUUUAUUGAAAGUUCAAAAAGUACAUAACCAUACGUGCACCAAACGUGGUGAGACACAAAUGAAAAAAGAGAGAGAGAGAGAGAAACAGAACCCGUGCAGAAGAGAAAACAAAGGGGGGACAAAACUGUAUAUUUUACAAGGUUGUUAUUGUACUUCACCAGAUCUUAACCCAUUACAGUAUUUGGAAGAAUGGAUUCCAAAUAUCAUUGAAUUUGUCCAUGGCACUGUUACUGCUGCCGCAUAAUACCUGUUCCACGUUUGUAAGAACAUGAACUUUUAGCGUGACAGCAGCUACACUUCGGAAAUCCCUAUCUAUUGAUAUCAAGCAGGCACCUUCACUGUUUGUACUCUUUUUGGCACCUGAUAAAAACAGUUUUGUUUCAGCAAACCUACCCAGAUGGUUAGAAAGUUGAUACAUGUUUUAAUUUGUUCUAAAUCUGCUGUUAACUUUUCAAAAGUCUUAAAUUAUUGUUAAUUUUUUUGACAAUAAUUUUAUUGCUUGAGCAUUUUUUGUAAAUCUAUUUGAAUAAUUUUUUAAAAAAAUAAUUGAGAGGUAUAUAAAUAUCAUGAAAUAAUAGACAAAGUAAGAAAAAGAAAGCAAUUAUUGAGCCCACAGGUUUGCCUGUAUCUCCCACACAUUAAUUGGCUUAUUUGCCAGGCUACAUUACUCACAUUUCAAAUGGGGAAAUUUAAUUUCCAGCUUAGAAAUCCCUGUAACAUUUCCAUGGUUACACUUUUUUAUUUUUAUUUUUUUGGUUAGCUUGUUCCUAAUUUUUGUUUCACAAUGUGAUGUGGCUAAGAACAAGUGACCUUGGGGAAUGAUGGGGAUUUGUAAUCUUGUGUUGACACAUCUAUGUUAAAAAAAAAAGUUAAUACUGGAGUUUACUUUAUUGUGGGUCACCACAUUUUCAAACGUGUCUUUCUUGUCAACUUUGUUUCUGUUUUCCAGACUUGAGAAACUGAGGCUGGAGAAUAGGGGCUUUGCCAAGUCUCUCCAGUUAGACCAGGGCUGAGUCAACAUUUCAGCCUGGCUUGUUUUCUUCCCCCAGUUACAAACCUCCCUGAACAAAAGUACUCACCCUAAAUUCUCUCAUGAGGAAAAAGAGCUUCUUCUAGCUGCUCCUUUGUGUUUCAGUGCCUUAAAAUUAAUUUUGCACGUGGCAGCCUGAAAAUUUAUGGACCUAGCUGAAAAUAUGUGUUGCUCUUCCAGUAGAGCUCGUUGUAAAUACCAUAGUUUACUAUGCCAGUGAGAACUGUGAAUGGAGUGGGGAGACCCUUAGGAUGCAUCUGCUGUGUUCUUACAAGAGCAGAAGUGCAUCAUUCUGCUGCUCCUUUAUUCAGGGGCUCCCAGCUACAUGUCCUAGGAGAUCCAGUGGGGCAACUGAUUAUCUAGUAACAACUGUGGUUUUCUAAUGAGGAAGCGGGGAUCUGUUGUUGUUGUUGUUGCUGCUGCUGUUACUACUACUACUUUUAUUUAUUUAUUGCCUGCUCUUCAACCUAAGGUCCCAGGGUGGGUCACAACAUUAAAACACACUAUUAAAAACAAAUUGAAACAACUUACAACCAUAAAAAUAAGGUGGGUCCUACAAGAUGUACAUGGUGUGUCAUAAGCCAGGGUGAAAAGGUGCAUUCUCCAAAAGCUGUACAAUGAGGCUGGCAGACACCUCUGUGCGGAGGGAGUUCCACAGCUUAGGGGCCACCACAAAGAAGGUCCUCUCCCGGGCCACCCCACCCUGAGUCUCUGAAGGUGGAGAAACUACCAACAGGGUCCCCUCUGUUGAUCUCAGCACCUAAGAGGAUCUGAAGGGAAGGAGGUGGUCUUUCGGAUAUUUGGGGCCUGAGUAAUUUGGGGCAACUUGAAUUGGGCCUGGAAACAAACUGGCAACCAAUUUUAAAACAGAGGUUAUAUGAGAUUUAAAUGGAACACCAGUCACAAAUCUGACUGUUACAUUUUUAACCGACUGAAGUUUCUGCGUCGUCUUCAUGCACAGCCCCAUGUAGAUAUAGGCUCUGAGGGUGGGAUCCCAAAGAGAAUUUAUGACUCUAUGAUCAUGGCUCUCUGUUUGGAUCUCUGCUGAAGGUACUACAAGCCCUUCUGGGACAAGAGAACAACAUUGCUCAACAAGAGGCAGGUGUCUUGGUGUCUUCUAUACUUUUUGCCACUGAAGUUUCCUUAGACUCUCCCUUCUUCAUGUUAUCUUGGGAAUGACAUGUAAGCAUCAUGUGCAGCUUUUCUGAAGAUUCAUGCACAGUAUGUCAAAUCACUGGAAAGAUGAGGGGGGAUUUGUAUGCUCAAGGGUUGAACUGGUUGUCUGCAUCAGAGAGUCUGUGUGGGGAGGUGGUUAGAGUGUCAGACUAUGACCUGGGAGACCAGCCUUCAAACCUUGGCUCAGUCAUGAAACUCACUGGGUGUGGCCUUGGGCCAGUCACGCACUCUCAGCUCAGCCUGCCUCACAGGGUUUGGUGGGGAUUAAGUGAAGAGGGGAAGAACCAUGUGCAGCACUUUGAGCUCCUAGGAGAAAAAAGUAAGAUAUAAAUGCAACAAAGGCAAUGCAAAUGCAAAAUGCACUACCCCAAUGGAGAUGUUCAGGUCUUCAGUUCUGCCUUUCUUAAUAGCCACUGUCAGGUGUUUGCCUGAAAGUCCAAAGGGGACUUCAAAGCAUGCUUGACUGAAAGCGCAUAGAAGCCUUCAUGCAAUCAGUAACCCUCAUAAAUCUCCUACAUACAGGACAUAGGGCUUGCAUAAACCCUCCUGCUCCUCUACACGCUUUUAACCCUUGUGUUUUCAGGCAAAAGCCUGUAACGGCUCAUGUAGGGUGGAAAUCCCACACACUACAUGGGCUGCUAAAUCCAUCACCAGUUGAAUGACUCAGUUUUGUUUUGUCUUGUCAGUAAAAUUCUCUGUCUAACAAGAGAUGAAAUAUAUUCUGUUGGCUUCCUUCCCCCACCAGCCAUAAGCAAGCAUCUUUUCCCUGGCGAAAGGAUGAUUAAACAAAAUACUCUCCUAAUCUGCUAAAUGAAGGGCUUCGUCUGGCCUUGAGGAUGAGCCCUCCAUAAAAACAGGCUAAGUGGGAGGGUUGUGUAUGCUGUUUCUCCAAAAAUUAUCCUAGAGCACACAUUUCGGUGUGACUGAUUAAAUAUGACUGGUCAGGGCUGCUUCAAACAUUACAAUACAAUACAUUACAAGUGAGAUGUGUGCCUUUCUGUAGCUCACCCCAUUAGCAUGUGGGAGGGAGGCAUGGCCUUUGACAUAAGCAUCAUGGUCUGUGGUGGUAUGAAUAAUAAGAUCCUCAGGUGGGCUGAGUUGCUGGCUCAGUGAAUUAGGGAGGCAAUCUCCUGACACUGCCUUUCAUACUGAAAGCCCAGAUUCUUAAUCUUGCAAGCUGCCUAAUCGUGCAAAUUGGCCUUUGACUCAGGCCAGCGUCUUUCUUGAUCUCCUCUGGUUGUUUCUUCCCUUCUGCCUUGGUGUGAGUGAUGGACUCAAUCCCUUUCCUUUCCAGCCUGUGACCAGCUGGCACUUGGUGUUGUAGCAAUAUUCGGGCCUUCCCAGGGUUCCUGCACCAACGCCGUCCAGUCCAUUUGCAAUGCACUGGAGGUCCCCCACAUCCAGCUGCGGUGGAAGCAUCACCCUUUGGAUAACAAAGACACUUUCUAUGUCAACCUUUACCCGGACUAUGCCUCUCUCAGCCAUGCUAUCUUGGACCUUGUACAGUACCUGAAAUGGAGGUCAGCCACUGUGGUGUAUGAUGACAGUACAGGUAAGCAGGGUUAGUGGGAGCCCAUUGGAUUGGCUCUGGUGGGGACAAAGGGCCCUUGUUAUGUUGCAGAAGCCUCUGAACCACACAGUGGCCUUCAAGAAACAUGGGAGUCAUCAUACGUUGGGAGGCAUUGACAUGAAAAUGGAAAAUUGACCCAGUUAUUCAUUUUCAGACAUUUUCUAAGUCACUUCAUAGUGGCCAGAAUGUUAUUUUAUUUCUCUCAGCUUGCUCACCACAGCUAACCAAUCAGCUAGCAAAUCAUAUAAAAACAAAGAACCACCUAAUUGAACCCAGUCACAACAACCAAAGCAUAAAAAUAAAAUUCCAAAGCAGGCAUCAAAAAUUUGAAGCCAAGUCAGCAAAGAAAGAAAAAUCUUCCACCGAAAACUUCCUUCAUAAAGCCAAGUCUUCACAAUCUGCUGUUCGCUGCAGAAUAUAGACCAGCCUUCCCCAACCUGAUGCCCUCCAGAUCUGUUGAACUACAGCCCCCACUGGCUCCAGCCAGCACGGCCAUGCUACAGUCCAAAGCAUCUUGAGAGGACACCAUGUUUGGGAAGAGGCUGAUACAGAAUCUCACCAAAGGAUGUACAGCCUAGCCUGUGAAGUCUUGACAAUCACAAAUGAGUUGUUUGGCUCUUGAUGGGACUAUCCAUUUUGUUGUUGUUUUUUGCAUGUACUCUGUCAUUCUCUGGUAAAAAAAAAGUCCCACACCCCACACUCUUCCUGCAGCCUGUCUCUCUUGGGAAAAUGGCUUAUCAUACGCCAUCUUUCCAAAUGUGUAUAUGAAGAUGUCCUAAUCGAAGCCAGGCUGCUAGUCUUUCUAGCCCCCCUUUUGUCUGGGCUGCCUGAUAGUCACUUUCCAAGGUCCCAAGCAACAUAGUUUUCCAUUCCCAGGAGCUGAAAUCUUUUAGAUGGGUUAUGCUUGGAUUGAACUAGAUACCUCAACUGGGCUGGAACCUGUGGUUACUGCAGCUUGUUUUAUUAGCUGUCUAAGUAUACUUUCUUGGCUCUUGUUUUUUUGGUGGCAUCUAAUGGCUUCAGCUUUUGCCUUGUCAAUUUCCUCUUUUUAUAGUCUUUAUUGUUGCAAUCCACCUUGGAUGGGUAUUAUCUGGAAAGGCGGCCCAGAAACAUACUAAAAUAAAUUAAUAAAUUAUGUGUGCAAAGCAUCUAGUGUUACCCUCAGUGAAUACCUGCUCAAUGAACACAAUACAAAUAUCUCUGGGAAGAGUAUAAUCAGGGCACCCUUACAACUCAGAAUGACUGCCUCUUAAGUUACCGUAUAUGCUGCUCAUUCACACUCACAAGGACAUCCUCCCUUCCUUGUGUUAGAAACACAAGCACACAGCUCUGAAUGUGUAUGUGUUUCAAUUCAGUCUCCCCAUCCAGAGUGACGUGUUGCAUCAGUUGGAAAGUAUUUUGUUGGUUUGUCUUGUUGUUUUUUAAGGCAGAGAGUUUCUGGCUCCUGCAAUAUCAUAAUUGCGAGCAGCAGGCCAAUGCUUUUCCAUAAUGGAAUUAAUUACCCCUAAGAAGUCAAUUUGUCAAAAGUUUCAAUUCCACUUGACCUUGAGAAGGUGGCUGACUGUGCACAGGGAGGUUUUCCACCAUGAGAUGUGUGGUGCUGAUGCCGAAUCCAGAGGAUGCUGCUAUGAGCCUGAGAUGUUUCAAGGUUACCUAAAGGGAUUUUAAACUCCAAAGGGAUAAUUCAAAUGGUUGAGUUGUUGAAGCCACUAGGAAGAGUAUACUCUGUAUGCCAGCAAUGUGAAAACACCAAAAAGCAGGCUUUCAUAUCAGGGGAGACUCCACAGGUGGGGUGGCAUACAAGUUUGCUUACCACCUGGACCCCUUGGAUACUUCUGUGUAAACACCUCACAUUCCAGGGGGAAGUGGCCUCAGCUUAUGACCAUUUUGGGGGGUGAUGCUCUGAGCACUUGUGUAUUUGUGGCACCCCCUUUUCAGCUGAUUCCCACAUGCCCUUUAAAACUCUACUUUGAGGAGUGGAGGUUGAACCCCAUCCAAUUUUCCCUACAAGUGGACUAGCCAAGGGAGCUACUGAUUCAGCCACCACCACAAAGUGGUCUUACCUCUGUGGUCUUGGCAAAGGGGUGGAGUGGGCAGGAGAAGAUAUGGGGCCUUCUACUGACUGAUCUCUAAAAUACUGUUAAGGUGUGGGGGGGACAAGGGAAAGGAUCCCCUCACAAGUGGGUUUCUUGUUAAAAGUAGCACCAUAAUGGGGAGAAGUUCCUCUCCUUUGGAGCUUCUACAGGUCCUUCACCAUCACCCAAGAUGGUGCAGCCAUUAGCUUUGCUUUCUGGAGAUGGGUCGCUGCCUGGGCUUGAAACCUGUCUUCAGCUGUGUCUGGUGUUUUGUGGUUGUCCAUGCUCUCUCCAAGGCCUCAUCCGGCUGCAAGAGCUGAUCAUGGCCCCGUCGAGAUACAACAUCCGCUUGAAAAUCCGCCAGCUGCCCCUUGACACAGAUGACACGCGCCCCUUGCUCAAGGAAAUGAAGCGGGGCCGGGAGUUCCGGAUCAUCUUUGAUUGCACCCACACCAUGGCUGUCCACAUCCUCAAGCAGGUGGGUCCAUCGGGUGGGUGGUGGUGCUUCUGGGCAGGUGCUCCCAGGCGGUGAUCUAAGAGCUCCAUCUGCAAUUAAAAACCAUGAAGCAUCUUGCACUGUGCAUUGCAAUUGCGACACUAUUCAGUGGUCUGCUAAGACCCUCAGAAAAUGUCAAGUGUUUUUUGUUGAGUGGGGGCAGAGUUUGGGAUCUGCUGCCUUAGAGAAUGCCAGUAUUAUGUGGUGUCCAGAGCCUGGGUGGGUGGGGCUAGGACAAGCCAGUUCACUACAUGGGCCAAUACAAAGGAGGAGGGCGGUAUAAAAGAACAGGGGUGAACAUGAGUGAGAAACAGUAAAAAAAACAAAACAAAACAAAACCCCACAACAGCCCUAAGAAGAGCCCUGCUGGAUCAGACCAUCUGGAUCAGUAUCCUGUUCUCGAAGUGGCCAACCAGAUUACUUUCUUUCAAGCCUUAGUACCCCACUUUUCUACCAGAAUGGCUCCCAAAGUGGCUUACAUACAAUUAAGGGAUGCAGGUGGCGCUGUGGUCUAAACCACUGAGCCUCUUGGACUUGCCGAUCAGAAGUCAACAGUUCAAAUCCCCGCAACAGGGUGAGCUCCCGUUGCUCUGUCCCAGCUCCUGUCAACAUAGCAGUUUGAAAGCAUGCUAGUGCAAGUAGAUAAAUAGGUACCUCUGUGGCGGGAAGGUAAACGGCAUUUCCAUGGGCACUGGUUUCCAUUAUGGUGUUCCGUUGCACUAGAAGCAGUUUAGUCAUGCGUGGCCACAUGACUCCGAAAGCUGUCUGCGGACGAACACCAGCUCCCUUGGCCUGAAAAGCGAGAUAAGCCCCGCGACCCUUUGACUGGACUUUAACCAUCCAGUCAACCGUCCUUUACCUUUACCUUUAACUUUACAUACAAUGAAAAUGAGAUGGUCUCUCUUUUUUGCACCAGAGCUUUCCCUGAGAAAACUCUCUCUUUAAAGCUCAAUCAGAGAAAUGGCAACCUGCAGAAAACCAGAAUUGCUGUUUGCUCCAAUUCAGCUUUAAAGAGCGCUUGGACACACAGCUUUAAAAUGUGGACCUGUGCCUGGAAAGAGAGAGGCAAAAGGUAAGUGUGGAUAAGGCCUCAGUCAUGGGAGGCAGGGAGCUGGGUUCAAAACAACCAGCCAAAUUUUUGGAUGCAAGGCUAAGCUAAGAUAUACUUUAAUUCAAACAUCUGAAUUCUGUCUGGAGGGUGGGCAAAGACCCCAGGGAGGGAAAUUGUUUGCUUGCUGUUACUCUAUUAAAACUAUUAAUGUACAGGGCAGAAUUUUUCAGGGUCUUGCCACGCAAAAGAGAGCAUAAUGCUUGAGGUCGGCUGUCUCCCAAAUGGCCUGGUUGGGCCUUUGGUGACCUCCCUUCUUCUGCAACUCUGUGCUGCUGCUCCAAAAUUACUGUGAGAUUUGGGCCUGGGAGGGAUCAUUCUGCAAAUGGGUGAGCAGAACUGACAUCUCCUGCCUCCUCUGAUAUUCAUGUGCCGUCUGUGCUGGGCACUCUUCCUUUAUUAGGCAGUUCUAUUAUCGUUCAUUGUGCCCGUCUGCUCCAUUCAUGACGGGAGGAAUCUGAGGGGUGGGGAGAGGGAGCAGGGGGAGGCGCAGCACAGCCUGGGAAAAUCCUGUGUGGUCCUUCCAGGACACAGGCAGUUGGGGAAUGUGCAGAGCUUGCCUGUGGCUCCACACAAAUUGGAAGAUACUGCAAAGUGGCACUUUAAUGUGUUUGCAUUGAUAUAUCCUGCAGCGCCUGUUAGUUUACGUCUUUUCAAGGCAGUGGCUCCUUCUGCCUCUUCUUUGCAGAACAGGCUGAUAGUGCAUGGAUUAUUAUUAUUUUUCACUCAUAGGAUAGCUAGGGUGCUCUUGAGCAUGUGCAGACGGCUUGGGGAAAUCCUCAAAUGUAGCAUUCAUUUGGAACUAUGAGCUAUUUUGCAGGAGGGAGGGAGCUAUUUCUUCAGUUUGACAUUUUAUUAAUUUAUUGCAUUUAUAUCCCACCUUUUUUCUCCAGGGAGCUCGAGACCAGGGUUCAAAUUCCCACUUCGCCCUGAAGCUCCUUGGGUGACCUUGGGCCAGUCACUGACUCUCAGCCUCACCUACCUCACAGGGUUGUUGUGUGGAUUAGAUGAGCAGGGGGAGAACCAUGUAGGAUACCUUGAGCUUCUUGGAGAAAAAGGUGGGAUAUAAAUGCAAUAAAAAAUAAUAGUAAUAGUAAUAAUAGCCACCAAUUCAGCCAAGGUGACAUUUGGAAUCCCCACCACCAGAGUUUUGGUCUUUCUGUUCCUAUCCUAGCUCACCUUAUUGAUAUACUGAGGAGUAACAUCAGAGGCAUCAAAGCCCAUCUCUUACUUCUGAGUCCCAAUUCAGUGAUGUGCACAGAUGUUACAGGACUGCACCUUCAUAAAGGCUCUCUGGAGCCGGCCGUGAGUGGCCUCUUUAAAGAGAGAUGCAUGCUGAACAAGUCUAACCGUGCAUGACCAGCUCACCCCAUGCCCAGAUUAGCCUCAGUGUAGUCAGCUGACACUUCAGCGCAUGUUAGAGUCAUAUGGCUGGUCCCUUCCCUCUGCAUCACUGAUUCAGAAAUCAGACCUCUUGGGUCUUGCCCCCACCAGCAAUGACAUCCUGGUCAGAUAAAGGAUGGAAAGGAAAACAGAGGUAUAGCAGACUCUCUGCUGUGCUUUGUGGUUUCCCUCCCUCCCUCCCUCCCUCCCAGUGUCCCCAGUUUCCUACUUCUCUGCAAACUGCUCCAUUGUCCCUCCAAGCAAAAUUCUGCCCUAGUAAUUUCAGCAGAAGCAGCACAAAAACCAGGAGGCCCUCUGGCUAGAGAGUGGCGGGAUGGGAGGGGGAGGGUGCUGUCAGUCAGGCUGGAAAUCAUAGCAUCCUCGAACACCUGCUUUCAGUGACAGCAGUUCAGAGGUAUGGCAAAAAGAGAGAGGACUGUGUGCGGUUGUGGAGGGACCCUUCGUCAGGCUAACACCCUGGCUCCUGCCUUUCCACUUAGCAGAAGCAAUCUGGGAACUUGGCUUACAAUAAACCUGCAUCAGGAGAGGGUGGGGGUUGACUGAAUCAAUGCCUGGAGUGCCAGCAUCAAUGCUGCUGCUGCCUCUUGGGCCUCUCUGCACCAUUUUCAGCCUCUCAGCUGGAACUCUCAGCCCAGCAAGGCUAAGCAAGAGUGUUUCCGCUCUUCUAACAAUCUUCAUGCCUCCCUUUAUCCCCCUCCACCAAUUCUUGCCAUCUCCAGACUUUCCCCCUUCAGUCCGUCUCCUCCUCUGCUCAUCUCAACUGUUAGGUUCCUGCCAACAGCCUUGUCCUUUAGCACUCAUAGAAUCAUAAAAUUGUAGAGCUGAAAAGGAUAUCAAGCGUCAUCUAGUCCAACUCUUUGCAAUGCAGGAAUCACAACUAAAGCAUCCCUGACAGAUGGCCAUCCAACCCCUCCCUGCUUGAAAACAUCCUUUGACCACCUUCCAAGGGAGCCCACUCCACUCUAAAACAGCUCUUACCACCAGAAAGGUCUUUCUCAUGCUUAGUUGGAGACUUCCUUCUUAUAAGUUGAAUCCAUUGGCUCAGCUCUUGCCCUCUGAAGCAGCAGAAAGCAAGCUUCCUCCAUCUUUCAUGUGACAGCCCUUUAGAUAUUUGAAGAUGGCUAUCCUAUCACCUCUUAGUCUCCUCUUCUCCAAGCUAAACAUACCCAACUCCCUCAACCAUUCAUCAUACGGCUUGGUUUCCAGACCCUUGACCAUCUUGGCCACCAUCUGCACAUGUCCCAGCUUGUCAAUAUUCCUCUAAAAUGUUGGUGCCCAGAACUGAACAUAGUAUUCCAGGUGUAGUCUGACCAAGAUAGAAUAGAGUGGUACUAUUAGUUCCCUUGACUGAGACACUAUACCUCUGUUGAUGCAGCCAGGAAUGGCAUUAGCUUCUUUUGCUGCUGCAUCACACUGUUGACUCAUCACAACUGAUUCCUGUUAAGCUAGAUCCUUUUCACACAUACUACUGGCAAUCUAGAUGCCCCACAUCUUAUAUUUGUGCAGCUGGUUCUUCCUGCAUAAAUGUAGAGCCCUGCAUUUGUCCCUUUUGACAUUCAUUUUACUGGUUUGGGCAAAAGUCCUGCAAUCUGUUAAGGGCAUCUUGAAUUCCGAUUCUGUCUUCUGUGGCAUUAGCUAUCCCUCCCAAUUUGGUGCCAUCUGCAAUUCUGAUGAGCAUCCCCUCAAUUCCUUCAUCCAAGUCAUUUAGAAAGACGUUAAGCAACAAUGGGCCCAGGACAGACAGAACCCUGUGGCACCCCACUUGUCACUUUUUUUCCAGGAUGACGGGGAACCAUUAAUGUGUACUCUUUGGGUUCGGUCAGUCAACCAGCUGCAAAUCCACCUAACAGUUACCUCAUCCAGCCCACAUUUUACCAGCUUCUCAUAAAAUAAGUUUAUAAAAUUAUGCAUGGCCUGGAGUAAGUGUAUAGAGAAAAGUUUUCCUCCCUCUCUCAUAAUACUAGAACUCAUGGACAUUUCAACGAAGCUGAAUGUUGGAAGAUUCAGGACAGAUAAAAGAAAGGACUUCUUCACACAGCACUGAGUUAAACUAUGGAACUCACUCCCACAGGAGGCCGUGAUGGCUGCCAACUUGGGUUGCUUUAAAAGAGGAUUUGGUAAAUUCAUAGAGGAAAAGGCUAUCAGUGACUACUAGCCAUGAUAGACACUAUGCACUGCCUUCAUGGUGGAAGGCAGCAAUGCAUCUGAAUACCAGUUGCUGGAAACCACAGGAAAGACCUGAGUACUUUUGUGCUCAGGUCCGAUUUGCAGGUUUAUCAGAGGUAUUUGGUUGGCCACUGUGAGAAGAGGAUACUGGACUAAAUGGGCCUUUGGCCUGAUCCAGUAGGCUAUUGUCAUGUUACAUUCUUAUGGGAACUCCUCCCAAGCCUCUUGGCAACCCUCAGCCACCCUCUUCUAUCCUGGUCCCCUUCCUGCACACGCCUCCCCCUGCCCCUAGUUCUGACCAGAUCCAGGGUGUGCUGAUCCAGGAAAAUUCUGUUGCAGCUUCUUUCAGAAUAAAACUGCAUGAUUUCACAAGCAGUCACUGAGGUUUCUUUAAAAUGAGUCUGUCAGCAGCACCAUUGUCAGAUGGUGGGUUGUCCAUCCUCUGCUGCACAAAUCAUCAGCAGUGCCAUAGAUGUGCUGCAUCUGGGGGCUUUUCUGCAGCAACCUUUUCUUGCUAGCCACUGCAGUGAUGGAUCUUGAUUCCAAUCCACCCAUUAAGCUCCAUCCCUCUCCUCCUUGGAAACGCUGAAUCUUUUUGUGGGCGCCAGCAGCAAUGUUCCUUCCCAGGCUAUAUCGGCAGCAUUUUCUGCAACCUGCCAGGCACUUUCAAUUUGUACUAAUUGAUUUGAUGUCAUUGACAAAUACAGGAGAACAGCUUUUGUUCCCAUCCCCGGUCACCCUCUCCAGCUCCCAACCACACACUUACCUCUGCAAUUUAAUUUGACCAUUGAAAUAUUUCUAAUUAGAGUUUCCAAGCACUGAAUACAAUCCUCCUUCUGAUGACUGAGGGGUCCACUCCUGGUUGUUUAUUACUUAAUCAGCUGUGUGUGAGAGGGUGCAUGUUAAAGGCCCACACAAAACAGAGGGAAUCAAAGCUAAUUCAGAUCUAACAAGUUGAAAGCUCCUUUCCUUUCAUCACACUUUCUAUGAAGCUUGGGAUUUAUUGGGGGGGGUGUAUAUAUGUAUAUAUAGACUUUGUACCUUUGCAGUCAUCUUAGAUCAGAAAAAAUGUGUUGGAAAGGGAGAGAGUAUAAAACAAAAUCCAUGAGCUGGUCUCCGUAGCACAUCUUUAAGUAGCUAGGCUAAUUCAGGUGGGUCUAUCAGGCAGCACCUCUUGGGGUUUAUUUAUUUCAAACUGACCUUGUGCCAGAACUGUAGCCCUUGAGCAAGACCACAGCUGGCAGGACAAACCAGAGGAUCCAGUAAAAUAGAUAGACAGAUAGUCUGUAAAGGUACAUUACAGCAUCAGCAACAUAUGUUAAACAAAUAGUGAAGAGUUCAAUUUUCAUUCUUCAUGUCUGCCUCAAAGAUAAUAGCUUGUCCAGGAAGCAUUUAACAGAAUAGUUGUGUUAUAAAUCAGGUGAGGACAUCACUCCCAACAGACAUGUGUGGGAAUGGGGGCUGGGUUUGGGACCCUCCUUUAUUGACCUAUGUGACAAACGGUAACCACAUUUCCAGAAAGCACUUAAUAAUUUUCCUGUGAGCUGACUCUGAUCUGCUCAUUGCUUCCCGCCCAAGCUAUUUUCCAGAUCUUUGCAAAUUGAAUUGCAACAUUCAUCUAGGGCAGACUUUGCCAAUUUGGUGCCCCCCUCCAAGAUGUGUUGAACUACAACUCCCAUAAGCCCUGGCAUCAUAUGGCAGUGCUGGCUGGAGUUGAUGGGAGUUGAUGUCCAAGACAUCUGGAGGGUGCCAGGUUGGCAAAGGUGAUUUAGGGUUUUCCAUUGUUUAGCUCUCUCCAUUCUGGCAGCUGCUAUUGAAACAUAAUAUAUAAAACUGUUCCUGGGAAUCUUUAAAUAAACCUAGCAAAGUGUCUAUUUUAAUUGAACACUGAAUUCUGAACAGUGAAUCCACAGAGUGCACUGCUGGGGCAAAUGACUCAUCAAGGCACUUACUCAUGCCCAGAGGUGAAACACUUUCUGCUAGAAGCAUUUUAAAAGGAAGUUGAAAUUCUCAGGAUAAAGUGGAAUCUAGCACCCAGGAGGACCACACUUGUUCAGAAUUCUAGGAUAUAGGCAGGCCUGACAGAGGAGCUGACAACUAAGUUCAGUCUGAACUCAUGGACAUCCAAUGAAGCUGAAGGCUGGAAGAUUCAGGACAUUUUUGCACAGUGCAUAAAGGAUAGAAUUCGCUCCCACAGGAGGCCGUGAUGGCCACCAGCUUGAGUGGCUUUAAAAGAGAAUUAGACAAAUUCAUAGAGGAGAGGGCUACUAGCCACAAUGGCUGUGCUUUGCCUCCACAGCUGGAGGCAGCAAUGCUUCUGAAUACCAGUUGCUGGGAAAGUGCUCUUGUGCUUGAAUCCUGCUUGUGGGUUUCCCUUUGGGACACCUGGUUUGCCACUGUGAGAAUAGGAUGCUGGGCUAGAUGGGCCAUUGGCCUGAUCCAUCAGGCUCUUCUUAUGUUCUUGUGAGUGAGUCAGUAGCCAAACCUGGGAGGCUGGAUUGCCAACAAGUGGGGGUCAAGGUUUUUAGGGUUCUGUUGCUGUGAGUCCCAGCAUUGAAUGCCCUGUGACAAAGGGGGAGUUGUCGGUUGCCUUGGGCCUUGAGAAAUUGCAUUCCCAGACACCAAAGUGUUAAAGCUUCCAGAGGCAGACUUUGGGCUGUGCGAGCAGUGUGCACAUGCACUGGGCAAUGGGCCAGGGGGCGCCACCUCAAAGCUCAGUAAGUGAGGCACUGGGCUUUGGGAUGGAGGAAUGAGACUCUGAUAGGGUCCUAGAGUCCUCCUGCCUUCUUCCCAAAGCCUAGUCAAUGCUUUCACAGCCUCCUUCACAAAGCCCAGUGCCUCCUUACCCUCCUUUGGUAAGGCAGCACCUCCUUCCCAAAGCCUGGCACCUCCUUACCUGCCUUUGGGAAUGUAGCAUGAGUGUGUGUGUGUCAAAGUUUGGCCUCGCAUGGGGUUCCAAAAUACCCAAGUCAGCCACUGAAGCUGCUAAACCUAUUUCCCGCAAGGCUCUGUGGGCUCAUUCUUUCUGUUACAAAUUCACAUGCUGUAUUUUUAAUUAACUUUUCAUUUGUUUUCUUCUCAGGCCAUGGCAAUGGGAAUGAUGACGGAGUACUACCACUUUAUUUUCACCACACUGGUAAAGUAUCUCGACCAUACACCAGCCUUACUGCCCUUUAUUGGUAUCCACAAAGGAGGAGGGGGGGUUACCUGCUCUCUGGCUCAAACUGCACCAGCUAAGUUAGGAAGAACCAUUUUUUAAAAAGAGAGAAAAGAACAGUAGUGUCCAAAUCAAAUGAAUUACUAGCACCACUCUUUUCUGCCUUGGUCAGACCCCACCUGGAGUCCUGUGUCCAGUUCUGAGCACCACAAUUUAAGCUGGAAGGUGUGUAGAGGAGGGCAACCAAGAUGACCAAAGGUCAGGAAACCAAGCCUUAAGAGGAAUGCAGGAGGGUGACUAGCUCUUACCACCAGAAAAUUAUUCCUAAUGUUGGGUUGGAAUCUUCUUUAUCAUAACUUGCCUCCAUUGGUUCAGGUACUACCCCCUGGAGCAGCAGAAAACAAGCUUGCUUAAUCCUUCAUAUGGCAGACCUUCAGAUAUCACCUCUCACUCGUCUCUUCUCCAAGCUAAACGUACCCAGCUCCCUUCCAUAGGAGUGGGCAAAUAACACAGAAGGCUCAGUUUUGAAGUGUGCAGAGCAAGCCCACUGUAGAGCAGGUGGGAAAUCCUUGCCUCUGCCUGCCAUCUUGCUCUCUCCUCUCUUCAUUUCUUUAAUAAACUCCUCUCCUGUUGUCAUGGAACUCAAGGCCACACACCUGGAAUUCCUUCCUGGAUUGCCUCCCAUCCAGGUCCUGGACAGACCCCCAGACCUCCUUAGUAUUAGCAAGAAUGAUGCUCCACACACUCUCAGACCAUGUCACAGAACCAGAUAGCACCCCUCCCCCCAAAAUAAAAUCACAUCCCUGGAAACAUCCACAUUUAAUUUUUUUAACAUUCCAUCCUUCCACCAAAAUGAAAAGACAUUUUAAUUACUGCUGCCACCGUUAUCUAUUUGCAACAGCUUCUCGCAACUCCCUGAUAACCUCCUAUUAAUCAGGCCCAGCUGAGUCUUGUGAACUUUUUUUUUGCACACAAGUACAAGCCUGGAGGUGAAGAUGAAGAAGGAGUGUGUGGGAGGGGGAGAGAGCAAGAAAGAAUUAUAAUAAAUUAAUAGAUAAGCAAUUACAAUUAGUGCCACUUCCCUGAAAUAACAGCUGUAUCGUGGGACAGAUAUUUUAAGCAGCUGCUGCUCCAGGCUCUGUUCUCUUUGGAGCUGCCAUUUCUGCCAUAAGAGGCCCCUGGGAGGGGGGAUGGAAUUAGUCUGUUGUGUUUCUCUAAAAGGUCCCCAGUGGACCCUGCAAGCAAUACAGGUCGACAUUAGACAAAGGUAAGGGAGCAACUGUUCCUACCAAACAGAAACGUUGAAAGUGUAGAGCAGCCUUCACUAAGCUGGGGCCCUUUAGCUGUUUUGGAGUAUAAGCCAUCAGACUCAGCCAGUACAGCCAUAGGAUACUGGGGCUAAUGGGAGCUGUAGUCCAAAACGUCUAGAGGGCACCAGUUUGGGGGAUGCUGGUGUGUAGCCCUGCAGAGGAUCAUCCUGACUCUGACUGUUUGAAGUGGUAUUGUACUGCUUUAAAUGUACAGCGCAGAUGGGACCUGCCUCAAGCAACUGCUCAUUGUUGUGACUAUUUAUGUCCCAUAGCCACAGACACACACAAAAAUGUAAUCCUUUGGGGAUGUGCAAGAGGUACUCUUGACAGCAGAGUAUCAUGAAAUGGUAAUUAAUUUAUUAAUAGCUGUUAGGAUGGAAGAAGCAUCAGGUGAAAUCGUGAGAACAGAAGGAAAUAAGAAAUUAGGAAAUAAAAGAACUAGAAUAUGUUGUUUGUGAACUUUUGAAAUGUGCGGUUUUUAAUCAAAAUAUUUAUGUGACACUGUUAAGAUUUUUGAUUCAUGCUUUGUGAAAUGAGAAAAUGGAUUGUGAUCCAACAGAAGGCAAUACAAAAAUGUAAGCAACAGCCAAUGACUAGCCACAAAACGCAAACAGCUUUGGCUAUAGACCUGCCUGGAAGCCCCAAUAUUUCACCCUCUGUAUUUUCCUUCUGAUCGUGCACAUCUGUAUGUGUGCCUUAAAGAAAUGUUGCAGCUGGUAUCAGCAUUGGCUGUGAUUAGAGAUGGCUCAGCAUUUUCAAUCAUUCUCCAUUUACAUUCAGAAAAAGCUCACCAGCUUUCCUGGAGCUCUUUCCUAACUGAUCAUGUGUGGUGAUGGUGCUGGGUCCACGUGUACCAUCAAGUUGCUUCCAGGGAAUUGUGGUUUGGGGCCACAUGUAUGGUUGAUCAUGCAGUGAAUGUGGAUGGUUCAGCACCCUGCCCCAGACACGCACACCCAGUUUGCUUAUUCAUGCAGCAGAGCCUUGUUUUAUAAAUCACAUGCCAUUUAACUAGCUCAUGUAGUUCCACAGCAAUCAAUACAAGCUAGCUUUAAGUGCCUGGUCCAUUGACUGCUGGCUGAGCUUAUGCAGAAUCUCAUUUAACAUUCCAAGCCAGAUGAGAACUUUUGAGGGGAAUGGCACUCAAGUUGCAAUACAGCUGAUUGAGACAAGUUCCAGACAAAUUCGUAUUUGAAAGCCGUUGUGGGGUAGUGGUUAGAAUGUCAGACUAGACCCAGGAGACCAGGGUUUGGAUCCCCACAUUGCCACAAAGCUGUGCUAGGCACUGCCUCUCAGUCUAAACCAGGCUUCCUUAAUCUCGGCCCUCCAGAUGUUUUGAGACUACAGUUCCCAGCAUCCCUGACCACUGGUCCUGCUAGCUAGGGAUCAUGGGAGUUGUAGGCCAAAAACAUCUUGAGGGCCACGGUUGAGGAAGCCAUGGUAGUUGUGGAAAUUAAAUGAGGACCGUUGAAAUGAGGAGUGAAACCAGUCAGGGCAAAGUCAAAGUGAAAAAGAAUAGUGGAGCUGAUUUUAAUUCAAGAGUUUCCAAGUUGUUUCUUUGACCAAGUGGCAAAAGUUCUGGUCUGAGCCCAGGGGUGGGGGCAGGGUCUGAGUUAGCCACCAACAAGUGAAGACUUUAGCCCCCACCUGUGGUUCCUGAUUACUGUAUUUGGGAAAUGUCUGGUGGAAUGAUUAAAUGAGGAGGGAAAGAACCAUGUGUGCUACCUUGAGCUCCUUAGAGAAAAAGGUGUUAUAUUAAUCAAACAAGCAAGUAAGCCAGCCAGCAAGCCAAACCAGGUUAAUUCUAACCUUGGCACCAUCAGUAGCUAUGGCUUUUGUUGAAGCUGGGAAAUUGUGUGUGUGUGAUUCCUUGCUAAUUCCCUGGGCUCUGCCUUAGAUUGGCUCACAGGCCAACCAUUCACUAGCAUGAGAUACAGGUUUAAAAGAACUUCUCUUUACAGAUGUUUCUAGUGCUGUUGUGUCCUCCCAGCCAAAUGUUAACUGGGAUGCUGCUGAGUGCCAUUUCCUUUCCCUUCCAUUGAGGUCAGCUGUUCCUGCUCCUUCCUGCGAAGCAGAGCAACCGCCUCACUCACCUCUCUUUCAAGCCCCAUUUAGAUGAGUUUGUGGUAGGUUUAAACUGCAGACCUCCUGAAGUGCAGACCUCGCUUUGACGGCAGGAAUUAAUAUUCCAGCUCUGCUCUGCAAAGCCCUGGGAAGUAUUAAGGAAGUGCACUGGAGUGGGACUUGCAAAUGCCCCCUGUGCACACUGACUGCCAAGAGGCAGGCCUGGGCUCCCUGCCAGCACUUUGCCUGAAUGGUUCCCAUUCCACCUCUCCUCCACUUAUUGCUCUCUCACUUGCAGACAGUGGAGGUGGAUCAUAAAGUCAAGAAACAUCUUAGCUCCUCUUUGAUGGUGGUCUUCAAAUACUGAGCACUCUAGCUGUUGGCACUGACAGCCAACAGGCUACUAAUUAAACAGGGCCAGCCCACCCAUGAGGCAAGGUGUGGUGACCACCUCAGGCAGCAGAAUCCACAGGGGCAGCAGAUCCCAAUUUUGAUCUUUCUUCCUUCCUUGAUCCUGGUAUAUCUCUUCUUUCACCCCUUCUUCCCUAGUAGGGAGAGAGUGCCAUUUUGGGGCCCUCUGGUGUCAAAAUGUAUUUGGGCUGCCCCUGCAAUUAAAUAAAAAUAAAGAAAAGUCUUUUGAGGACUUGAAGGAAAUUCUUCCUAACAUUGUAAUGUGUAUUGGUCUCAAACUGGAAGAUGUCCAAGAGCACAUCUUCCGACUACAAGAGGCUCCUGUCAGGCAGAAAUGGAGGAUUCUGGGUCAGGGGACCAGGCCUGUUUGUAGAAGUCUGAGAUGAUCAAGAGAAAAAAUACCAGAUUUUUCUCUCUCCAUCCAGUUUACUGAAUGUAAGAUGAGAAACUCUGGGUUGUACAUGUGGGAAGUGGGUGAAAAUUUGGUGAUCCAGUCAAUGCUCGCACUUCUCCUGCCAGAUCCUGGCCAAUGCAGUGAUGCUAACUGGGUUCCCCCAAACAAGGUUCAGAUUUGCUCAUCAGCUGUCCAGUGGGACAUAGAGUAAGGAUUAACCAGUAAAACCCACAGCCUGAGAACUGGAACUGGAACAAAUCACUCAGUCUGUUAUUGUACAAUGGUUAAUGAUAUUCUAAAAUGAUAAUAUCUGGCGGAGAUGUGGUGUUCUGCGUGAUGUUCUACAUGCAAUGAAUGGAAAAUUUGCAGUGGGCAAAUUACUCCUGUGUCCCACUGCGCAUGCAGAUCCUACCUACUCUUAGAGGGGUGGGCAGUCUAAAAGACCAGAGAUGGCACAAAUCUGAAACAGUCAGUCAUUUUCCCAUGGGCUUUGUGUUUCUCUCAUGAAUAGAAUAGACUGCCAUUUUAGACUGAAGCAUCAUCAUUGCCAAGGUUUAUUUUGGCUGCUUGUGGCUUUGAGAAAAUUUAAUUGUAUGCUUACUCUACCUCUCCCCGCACUUGAAAAAUUACAAGAUGGUGAAAAUAUUAGCAAUACUAGUAUUCCAGAAUGAUGGGUUUUGAUGCUUGGAAGUGGCAACUAUAACAAGAUUUAAUGCCAUACUUUCCAAAUUAUUUCUUUCCCCCCCUUUCAAACAUUUUCAAUAUUCUCUUAUUGGAAUUAAUGCAUAAUUAAUCAGCACCAUAAUUAACUGAUGCAAGACAGGGAAAUGCCUCCCAGCUGGGAACACCAUUGAAUCUUUUCCUAAAGCAACAUUGGAGGACCAACUUCAGUGGGAAUUUACUCAGGCAGAGCAGCUGUUGAAUUUCAAGGGGAGCCAAGUUUCAAUAAGAGUGGUGAAGUGUCACAGAGGACUUGGCCCCCCUUUGAAGACUGCCCCUCCCUCCCAAAAAAGAACUAAAUGAAGUCAAGGGGGAAGUAGAUAAAGCACUGAAAUGAAGUCUCCCUCUUUCUUUUUAAAGGAUCUUUAUGCAUUGGAUCUAGAGCAAUAUCGCUACUCUGGAGUGAACCUGACUGGCUUCCGCAUCUUGAACGUGGAGAAUCCCCAUGUUUCUGCCAUCAUUGAUAAAUGGUCUAUGGAGAGGUUGCAGGCAGCCCCCAAGCCUGAGCCAGGGUUGAUCACAGGGGUGAUGAUGGUACGAUGGCCCAUUUAAACUACUCCUGCCUUUUAGUGUGUGGUGCAAACCUGUGUUGAUGAGGGCAAGAGGCAAGGGAGUUUGCAUGUCAAACUGUUGCAAACUCUGUUUUUGUCUGGUUCUGUUUUGGACAACGUGUUGGGAAGACAAAGCAGUUGCUUCUCUGUGGGGGGCAGUUAACGCAAUCAGCUGUGAAUCAUCAGCAGAACUACACCUUACACAUGAAUGCAUGUCACAAAAUCUUGACAGCAGCUUCUAUGGAAUAGGUGUUUUGGGAGGAGGCAAUUUAGAAUAAAGAAACUGCAAUGGGAUACAGUGUUUCAUCCUUCCCCCGCUCACUGCCUUCCCUUUGCUGCUGCUACUCCUGCCGCUGUAGGAUUCCAGAUGCAUGAUCUUGACAGAAGGCCAUUCAAUGAUGUCCAUGUAAACUGGACCAGAGACUACCAAGAUGGAAGUAGCAGCAUGCUGCAGAUGGCUCAGUUGACCUAAGGAGGCUGGAACCAAAGACUAUUUUGGCCAAAAUGGAUUUCCUAUAGUGGAGGUGGCAUGAUCAUCAUCAUCACUUGGGAGGUGAAAGGCUCCCUUGCUCCUAGAGCUGUUAUCAAAGCAAAUCCUGUUCCCCUUCAUUUUAGACAGAUGCUGCCCUGUUGUACGAUGCCGUCCACAUUGUCUCCGUGUGCUACCAACGGGCUCCACAGAUGACUGUCAACUCCCUCCAGUGCCAUCGGCAUAAAGCCUGGCGGUUUGGUGGACGCUUCAUGAAUUUCAUCAAAGAGGUAAGAAGUACAAUGCAUCCGGAUGGAACCUGCUUUUGCAUCUUGAGUGAAGGGAUGCAUGCUCAAUGCUGCAGAAUUGCUGUCUAUGGUCCUGAAAUUCUUGCAUUUGCAUCCUGGGCAAUCUUCAUUGUUGCUGUCCAUGGUCCUGAUCUCACUCUAGCAGAAAGCCAGCUCGGGUGAUUCUGAGCCUGCAUCUUUGCAUGGGCCAUUGCCUCUUUCUGGAGGCAAAGAUUGCUUUGAAUUAGGCAGGUGGUGGAGAUGAGCCUAAGCCCAGUAACAAGUCAUAAUUAGCUCCAGGUGCACGUACUUAGCUUGCAGAAAAGCCUAAAUUCAAUCUCAGCCAUCCCCAGAUAGAGUGGGUUGGGGGUACAGACACACACCCUGACAUUCUGGAAUGCCACUGCCAGUUUGAAUAGACAGUGUAAUUAGUCUAGACAAUACCGUGCUCAAUGAGUCUGACUCUGAAUGCAUUUGUGCCAGUGUCGCUUCUAAUCCCAUCUGGCACCUUUAUUUUGAGAGACAGCUGCCCAUAUUCUUCAGGAGAACCCAGGACUAAGCAUACAUAUGUAAAAUACCAGUCCUCUAGGCUGGAUCACAACCAAAGGAACAUGAUUUAUCUUAGGGACAGAGGUGAAACAAGAGUAGAACAAGCUUCAGUCUCUGCAACGCCUAGCCAUGGCUGGUGCUGAGCCCCCAACUUCUCUAUCUCUCUACCUACCUAUAUAAAUGUACAGAUUAGGGCUCUUUGCUUCCCCUUCCAGCUGCUAGACACACCAUGUUUUUGCCUUUCAAAACUUUGACAAUGCCAUAGAUGGCUUCACUGAAGAUCUCUCUGGCAAAUCCUUUUAAUAGAAAUGUAGGAAGCUGCCUUAUCCUGAGUCAGAGCCUUGAUCUAACUAGCUCAGUAUUGUCUACACUGACUGGCAGCUGCUUUCCAGAGCAUAAGACAAUAGCCUCUCCUAGUCCUACCUGGAGACACCUGGGACCUUCUGCAUGUAAGGCAGAUGCUCUGCUACUGAGUUCUGUCACAAAGAAUGGUGGCCUAUUGUCACAUGAACUUACAAAACUUAUCUGUACUGAAACAGACUCUUGGUUUAUCUUACCCAUAAUGCUCUACUCCGACUGGCAGCAGCAGGUCUCCAAAGUCUCCUGGAGACUUCUUUCCCACUCCUUCCACCUGAGAUGUUUUCCAAGGGAGUUGCCGGGGAUUGAACUCGGGACCUUUGGCACACAGCACAGGAGUACUUCCGCCAAACUAUCAGCCUCCCCUCUAUCCCCGGUAUUUUUCUCUGUCAAAUAGGAACACCAUCUGCUGCCUUUCCUUCCCACCUUUCUCUCUUGUUGAGGAGUGUUUACUUGGUGCAUCUGUCAACCACUUAGUGAACAGCUCAAAAACUCUCGUGGGAAAAUUGGCAGCAGGCACGCCUCUGUUUUGGCAGAGCCACAGACUUGAGUGAGCUGAAUGUCAGGGGAAUGAAGUGGGGACUUCAUUUUUCUCUGUGUUUUGGGUAAUUACCAUCUCCCUCGCCUGCAGCCUAAACAGCUUUCCUGACUGCAUUUGGCAUGCAGGGAGCAUCACUUGGAUCCAAGAGGCAGAGAAGCCAACUGAGUCUCCCCAUUGCAAGAGGCCAAAGCAGGGAUGUUUGAACUUCCCAGUACACACUUCGGGGAGAUGUUCUCUUGGAAAAUAAACCAUGCAAAGAAUUUGUAUUUAUUUUUUAAUGGUAGACUGCCACUCCCUUAAAAAUGUGUACUGCUGGAAGAAAUCAUCAAAAGGCAUCACAGCCAUAGGACCUCUGAAAGAUUCCAAUCACCAAUUUUGAGUGGUUUUGUGCAGAGUUCUCAGAGUUGGCAACCUGGCUACCUCUGUCUAUGGAUUCUGGCAUGAUUCAAGCAUACAGCCCCCCAUCACUGGUUGUCAACAGAGACAGGAACAAUGGGAAGCCUUGUUGACUUACUUGGAGCCUGUCAAACUGUGGAAGCAAAUUAUGCUGUUGCAAUGGAGAUCCUGUGCUGUUGGCUGGCCUCUCCAUUACCCUCCAGCAUCACCAUCUCAACUUGACUUUUUGAUUGGCAAGGGGGCCUGAAAGUGCCCAAUCCACUGAACAUCUUGCCUGGGUCAUGCCUCCAGUUUCCAGGCCAGAGAGUUGAUUUACAGGUUGCGUGUAUGCACAGGUGCACUUUUGCAAGUUUGUCUUGUAUAAACAUUCCCCUAGGUGGCAUAAAUGGCAUGGGGCUGAGUGGGAAUGCUCCUAGAUGUGCUAUGAAAAGCUGGUGUCCGCAUCUCAAGAGGUGGCAACUAGAGCGACUGAUACUAGCCUGAAGCUUUAGGUAGGAGUGGGUGAGACUGGGCAGGUCAUCAACCUCCUAAAUCACCAAGGAAGCUGAGGAGCUUCCAUCUCACUGAGGAAGAGGCUGGUGCCUCAUUCAAGUGAUGCUCAGCAAAGACCUUCUGGAGAGCAGCCAAGCACCACUGAAUGAGGGGAGGCCAGCUGACCUCUGGUCCCAGCUCUCAGUUCCACUUCACCUGUCACCCUCUCUCUCAAGGUGCAUCGCUCUGAGUGAUCUCCUGUGACUAGAAAUGAGAGAUUCACAGCUCAAGUGUGAGCAAUUACCAUGAGAACAACAGAGACACAGAGAAGCUCUGGAGUGCUAUUCAGGUUGCCAAGGAAGAGGUUGAGGGUUGACCUUGCUAUUAUGCAUGUGGAAAUUAGAGGCACUCCAUGGCAGUGUUUCUUUUGAGCCUUGCAGACAAAGACAGAAGAAGAACAGAAGCCCAGGAGUUCAUCUGUGUAAACAUGUUGGCCUCAAAUUAAAGUCUCCUUCCUUCCUAAUAGUGCAACCGACUACAGCAGACUGCUGCUCUGCUUGCCCUUUUCUCUCACUUCACUCAAGUUUUAUGGAAUAUCUACACCAGUGGUUCCCAAACUUUUUCAGGCCACAGCCCCCUUGCUUCCAUAAACUCAUCCCCAGAGCCCCCUACCCUAUAAAAAACAUUAUUCAGAAUAGCAGUUUGCAUAGCUCUCUAAGGAAUAUAGUAACACAGUAAAAUUCAAAACAGUAACAAGUAAUUGCACAUUUAUUCAAAGCCUAAUUAAAACUAUUUAGCUUAAUUAAUUCAACAAAACUGGUGAACUUGAUCCAGUGAUGCCAGCUUUUCAAAGUCUGGUGGUAAUUUAGCAAGAGUUUUAUAUACCACAUUUAGUUAACUACUUCACUGUUCAGUAAACUUUUAAUGCUCUUGAUGGGAUUAAACUCCCUCUAAAGGAGCAGGUACUUAGCUGAGGGUAUUUCUGCAUCAUUUGCUGUCACUUGAGGCUCAGGUGGCCUCAGUGACAUGGAGUGCCUUCCAUCAGCUUUGGCUGGUGGCCCAGCUGCACCCCUAACUGGAGAGGAAUAACCUAACUUUUGUUGUCUAUGCUCUGGUAACCUCUAGUUUAGUUUACUGCAACAUGUUAUAUGUAGGGCUGCCUCUGAAGAUGAUUUAGAUACUUCAGCUAGUGCAGAAUUCAGCAGCCAAAUUGCUCACCAGGGCAAGACAAUUUGAGCACAUUAUAGUGAUUCUGGUCCAAUUGCAUGGUUUCUGGGCCCAAUUCAAAAUGCUGGUUUUGACCCAUAAAGCUCGGGACCACAAUAUCUGAAUAUCUCCAUAUGAACCAAUAUAGACCCAUCAUCUGAGGCCCUUCUUUGUGUGCCUCCUCCAUGAGAAGUCUGGGGGGGGCACCAUUAGAAUGGCCUUUUCUGUAGUGGCUCCCCAUUUGUAAAAUGCUCUUCCAAGGGAGGCUUGCCUGGCCCCUUCAUUAUACACUUUUAAGUGCCAGGCAAAAACAUUAAAUAGGCCUUUGGCUGAUUAACAUCCUAUGACCUUUUAAAUAUAUUUGUGGGAGGGGGGUUAUUGGUUUGGUUUGGUGUAUUUUGUGUUCUCAUUUUGUAUUUUUAUGUUCUGAACCACCCUGUGAUCUUCAGAUGAAGGGUGAUGUACAAAUUUAAUAUUGUUUUUUUCAAAAGGAAAAACAAUGCAAGUAAUGAGUAAUUGAAGUGCCUUCCCUUGCCCCCCCCCCCGCAUCCACUAUUGAAAUAGAAACUGACAUUGGGGCAAUUCAGAGAAGCUAGUAAGGGGGCAAUUCACAGGCUAGUCAUUGCUAAUCCAUUAGCAACAGGAAGCCAUAAAAUGAGCAAAGGGCCUGAGCACUCUUCUGUUCUCCCUCUCCCUGAAAGUACAAUUCCUUAUGGAUCAGUUUGGUCCUUUGGCUCCUUGAACUAGGCAAACACAGCAAGGGCUAUCAGUGGCUACUAACCAUGAUGGUUAUGCUCUGCCUUUACAGCUGGAGGCAACAAUGCUUCUAAAUGCCAGUUGCUGAAAACCACAGCUGGAGGGGUGAUGGCUCUUGUGCUUGGGUCUGGCUUGCAGGUUUUCCCCAGGCAACUGUUCAGCCACUGUGAGAACAGGAGGCUGGACUAGAUGGGCCAUUGGCCUCAUUCAACAGGCUGUUUUUAUGUUCUUAGCAAGUGAGGAGGUGACAAUGCUGACAGUGUGCUUCUGUCUUCAGUUCCUUAGAUUCACCUUCCUCUUUCCUCUGAGCUCUAUUUUAUGCCCAGGGCUGUUGCUUCCCUGUGUUUUCAACCAGUUGCACAUUUGCAAAAUCUGCUGCCAGAAGCAGAGACCAUAAAGAGGCAACAUUUGUCCUUUGGGAGGCCCCAAACAGAAGGCAUUUCUCUGUUAAAGAAGCUGACAAUUCCCACUGCAGAGGUAGCAACUUGCGCUGCUUUUGCCAGUGUGCGCCAGACCUUCCAAAUCUUCUGUCACAAGCAGGAAAGUGCCUAGACUUUUUAUAGCCAUUCUGUGCCUGCCUCCAAAUCUACCCCUGCUUUGCAAACUGUUCUUCAGAAUUUAUUCUGAUCCACUAAACCUCCAUUGAGCUUUUUGUCUGCUGGAUCAAAACAAGCCCUUUGAAGAAUAGCUCGAUCAUAUGCUCAGAUUCUCAAGCCUUUAUUGGCAUAUGGAUUGAUCAUUUGCAGGGUUUGCAACUUAAUCAGGAGAUCUUGGGAGACCUUAGCCUGGAAGUCUCUUAGGGUCUAAGGUUUAGCAAAGUUUAUAGUUCCCUUACUAGCAAGCAACAGUAAGCUGGGGGGAACCUAGGAUUGUGUUUGCAAUAUGUAGAAUUGUAACUCCAUUCUGCUCAGUUAUAAACACCAAAUAGUAUUAUUUAGUCUUGGUUAUGGUAAUAAUUUGUAUCAUAAAACUGUAGUUAAUAUCUUGACCCUGCCCCACUGAAUUGAAAUUUCAGCCUUCACGACAUAGGAAAACAGCUGAGUAAACAGCUAUUUUCGUGGAGGGGGGUCAAGGUAUUAACUGAUAUGCAUGAAAUUUCACAUAUAGCUUUAUAAUCCCUAGUGUCGUAAGAUAAGACCUUUGGAGCAGGGAUUUUUUUUUUUAAAAAAAGAUUUUUAUGAACCACCCUAAUGUGACAGCCCACCAGAUAUUUGAAGAUGGCUACCAUAUCAUCUCUCAGUCUCCACUUCACCAGGCUAAAAGGUUAUAUAUGAUAGCCAGCUGCAAAUAUUAUAGGAUCAUCAUCUUCAAAUACUUAGCGACAGGCUGGGGGGGGGGAUGCAAAUAUUGACAUAUGUCUCCUUUUUCUUAACAGUACCUUUAUUUUCAUUGUGUAUGAAAUCAUAACGUGGGAUGUGGGGCAGCAUGCUCACUGGGGUAAUUUCGAGCUUGGUUUCCCCAGCACAUGUGGUGGGAACGACUAUGGCAUAAGGGGCCUCAUGAAAGAUUGUGCCUCCUUCACUGCGAUAUGACAGGAAAACACUAAACCCUGUUAACGGCUUGGCAUUUCAUGGACGGGAGCAGGGAAAUACCAGGCCUAAAGUUCACGGCAUGUAAAACGGCUUUCAUUAAGUGCAGGCAAGGAUUGGCCAUGCAAAAGCUCAAAUGUCACAAGCUGGCACGGAAUUUGAUAGGGUGGACCUCCCCCCUCUCCAGCCCCAUUGGCCUCCUGCUCCAUUGGCACUCUGUGUGAGAUAGAGAGAUAGGGGAGAGGCUCCCUUAUGACAUCGAGUUUAAUUGUUCUGGCGGCUCUGGAAACUGAGAAUAACAGUGAUUUCAGGUUUGCUGAGGUGCUGAAAGUGGAGAAUGAUUCAUGGAAUCAAAGAACUGUAGAGUUGGAAGGGACCCCAAGGGCCGCCAAUCCAACCUCCCUGCAAUGCAGGAAUCACAGUUAAAUCAUUGCUGAUUGAUAGGUGCUGAAACAUGGAAGUAGCUUUGUUGAAGGGUGCUGGUCCCCUAGUGUACACAGAAUGCCUCUGAGUGACACGAGAGGGAGGAAGCUGAAGAUGCUGCAUCUGGACCUGCCGUGGUCUGAAAGCCCUGUUCACAUGUGUGGUAGUGGGAGAGAAAUGGUUGCUGAAUGACCCUUUGCAAUGACCCUGUUAGCAUAAAACACCUGUUCUCAGAUAUUUUCACUGGUUGCUGCUUUGCUACCAGGCUGAGGUGUUACUGUUAGUAUUGUUGUUGUUUAGUUGUUUAGUCGUUUAGUCGUGUCCGACUCUUCGGGACUCCAUGGACCAAGAGCACGCCAGGCACUCCUGUCUUCCACUGCCCCCCCCCCCAGUUUGGUCAGACUCAUGUUUGUAGCUUCAAGAACACUGUCCAACCAUCUCGUCCUCUGUCGUCCCCUCCUCCCUGUGCCCUCCAUCUUUCCCAACAUCAGGGUCUUUUCCAGGGAGUCUUCUCUUCUCAUGAGGUGGCCAAAGUAUUGGAGCCUCAGCUUCAGGAUCUGUCCUUCCAGUGAGCGCUCAGGGCUGAUUUCCUUAAGAAUGGAUAGGUUUGACCUUCUUGCAGUCCAUGGGACUCUCAAGAGUCUCCUCCAGCACCAUAAUUCAAAAGCAUCAAUUCUUCGACAAUCAGCCUUCUUUAUGGUCCAGCUCUCACUUCCAUACAUCACUACUGGGAAGACCAUAGCUUUAACUAUACGGACCUUUGUCGGCAAGGUGAUGUCUCUGCUUUUUAAGAUGCUGUCUAGGUUUGUCAUUGCUUUUCUCCCCAAAAGCAGGCAUCUUUUAAUUUCAUGACUGCUGUCACCAUCUGUUAGUAUAUAAAGCCCUUAAUGAUUUGGAACCAGUUUAUUGAUGAGAUCUCCUUGUCCCACACCAGGGGUUGGCAACCUAAGGCCCAUGGGCCACAAGCAACCCAUGGGGGUUGCCCAUGGACCCCCACUGCCUGCUCAGGGACCCCAGCCACCCUCUCGGUUGGCUCUCGCCACACUAAACCAGUGCGGAGCAGAAAGGGGACUGCCUUCCAUGAAUCUGGCCGGCUUCUGCAGCCAGUGGAAAGCUGUGCACGCCUCCUCUGCACCAGAAGGAGCACCGGAAAUAGCAUUUGCACAUGUGUGCAUGCACGCACGUGCGCACUCUGGCCCACCGCAGUGUCUGCGGCAUCAUGAACCAGCUCCAGCCACAAAAACUUUGCUGACCCCUUUCCUACACAUACCCACGUGACCACUUCAAUUGGCAGAAUUUCAGUACUACAGGUGCCACAUAAUAUCUACUCUGCAUUUGAAAGAACUCGAUUGUUUAGUGUGCCAGCACCUACACUUUGGAACUCCCUGCUUAUGGAGAUCAAGCAGGCUCCUUCACUGUAGUCUUUUCGGUGCCUGCCAUAAACAUUAUUGGUUAGACCAAGUGUUUAGCAAGUUGAGGCUAUCUGUUUUUGUGUUUUAACUUUUGUAUGGUUUAAAGUAUGGUUUGGAUUUUUUUUCUUUAUUUUACUGUUGUUGUUUUUGUGUAAACCUCUUUGUGGUUUCUUCCAGGCAAGUGGUGUGUGUGUGUGUGUGUGUGUGUGUGUGUGUGUGUCUUUCUACCCAGGACUGUGACUGGCCAAAAUCUCAACAUUAUUUUCCCUCCAUGGUGAGCAACCUGGAAGGGGUGGGCGUAAAUCAGGGCUGAGAGUACAGUGGGAUUUAUGGGGUUCCCCAGCCUCUGCAGUCCCAUGAGCAAUCAGGGGUGAUUAUUAAUUAAUCAAGCUCUUCAGGGACAGAGUCAUGGUGGAAGGAGUAAUUAAAAUAAAGCACCGUGCUGCUCUGGAGCAGAUUGUGAUUUAUGAGCUUGACAAAUGCCUCCUUUGUCUCCCCCCACUCCCACCCCACUAUUCGUCAACAUCCCCCAACCUCCAAUGUCCCCCCCCUUCUUUCCCCAGGCCCAGUGGGAAGGUCUCACUGGACGCAUCGUCUUCAACAAAACCAGUGGCUUGAGGACGGAUUUCGACUUGGACAUCAUCAGCCUCAAGGAAGACGGGCUUGAAAAGGUCAGUUGGGUUGCCUCACGGCCUCCUUUCCUCUUUUCAAAGAUCAGAGCAGUUCUCCUGGGCUCCCCCAGACUAUCCCUUGACCCUGACAACUAUAUAGGAGCUGAAGGGUUGACAUUGCACUGGUGAGUGCAAUGGCAUUGCACUGGUGAAUCCUGCUCAUCCCUUGCUCAUUCCCAAAUCCCAUUGGCCAGCUCACCAUCUUUCAGCCUAACUGCCUUUGCAUGGUUGCCGUGAGAUCAGCAAAUCAGCAUCUGAUCAUCACAAGUGGACUUCUUUUGUACAUGGAGGUUUUAUUUUAGCUCUCCUAGCCAAUAGCUGUCCUCCAGGAAUGUGUCUAAUUCUGUGGAUUCUACAAGUAAACUCUGCUUUCUGGGAAACGGGAGGUGUUCUUGUGAAGAUGUCUUAUUUUAUUUAUUGCAUUUAUAUCCCACCUUUUUCUCCAAGGAGCUUGAUGUGUCAUACAUGGUCUGUCUCCCUCCUCAUUUAAUCCCCUUAACAACCCAGUAAGGUAGGUUAGACUGAGAAGCAGUGACUGGCUCAAGGUCACCCAGUCAGCUUCAUGGCCAAGUGGGGAUUUGAACCCUGCUCUCCUGGGUCCUAGUCCACCACUCUAACCACUGCACCACACUGGCUCUUGCCAUGUUCACAUCCGUUUAAUUGGGUCAUCCAGGGGAGAAAAAAUAUAUCCCAUUCUAAAAAUAUCUCCAGACUUUUUUACCUUCUGCAAGACUUUCUCAAGGUGUUGGUGUUCGUAUUUCUUCCAGCACUGGUGCUUAUUCAAGAUAAUUUUUGGACACUGUUACUUAAGGCCAGCAUGUGGCAUUAAAAUUCCCUAACAGCUUCUUGUAUGCUCUGCAAGGAUGCUGGGACUCAGUUAAUUUCCGUCAUUUCCAGCGAGUUCUUAUCACAUUUUCACGCUCUCUUUCUCUCUCCCUCUUUCUCUCGAGUGUGUGUGCUUAAGCUCUCUCUUAGCUCAAGAAAGGCUUUAGAGUGUCUGUGUCAAAUCUCUGUGGAGUCAGGACAUUAAAUUCCAGUCAAUAGGUAAUCUGAAUUAAUUGUGUGCCCAAACCAGGAGCAAAUCCUGAUAUGUACUUUUGCAUUAUGUUUAAUAGUUUACAUUUGCCUGAGGUUUAGCGGUGAGCUUCUGAUCUUCCUUGCCUCCUGCAAGUUAAUGGAUUAUGGAGGCAUUAAACAUGUGUAAUUACAAAUCCUGUAUGCAGCUAGCAUGGUGGCAGUGCUGGCAGUGGUGGGAUAGCGGGACAGUGUUGUUGAGGGAUUUUUAUUUUUAUUUAAGUAGGUUUGGGUCCCCCAUGUAGGGUAUUUUUAUUUCUUUUGCCAAGUCAUCUUCACAAACUGCAGUGGGGGUUCUUGCUUGCCAUUUGUGUGUCAUCAUAAAGGUAAAGGGACCCCUGACCGUUAGGUCCAGUCAUGGCCGACUCUGGGGUUGCGGCGCUCAUCUCACUUUAUUCACCAAGGGAGCCGGCGUACAGCUUCUGGGUCAUGUGGCUAGCAUGACUAAGCGGCUUUUGGCGAACCAGAGCAGCACAUGAAAACGCCGUUUACCUCUUCGCCGGAGCAAUACCUAUUUAUCUACUUGCACUUUGAUGUGCUUUUGAACUGCUAGGUUGGCAGGAGCAGGGACCGAGCAAUGGGAGCUCGCCCUGUUGCGGGGAUUCGAACCGCCGACCUUCUGAUCGGCAAGCCCUAGGCUCUGUGGUUUAACCCACAGCGCCACCUGCAUCAUCAUACCCAUUAAUAAUCUUUCCACACGUGGAUUAUUGCAGGAUGAAGGAGAGGACCAAGGGAGGGAACUGUCUUUUGCAUAUAAACAAUCAACUCUUCUGAAAGGGGUCUAGUUGGUGUUUUAAUAUAAUCAUAGAAUUAUGGAGUUGGAAGGGACUCAAAGGGUUGUUUGGUCCAACCCCCUGCAAGGCAAUGAAGUUUUACUUCAUAUCAGUAAAACGUUAUGAGGUUGUGUGGUUACUUUGUGUGGUUGUGCAGAUUUGGGGGAAGGGGGUUCUUUUAAAAUGUAAUACAGAGCUUCUUGCCUUGCAGACUGUGUCAUUUAAGACUCAGGGGUUCUCAGAUAAUCCACAGGUGAAACUGUGAAAUAUGCCAGCUUCCUCCUGUGUUAGUUUUUACAAAGUCUUUUGAAUCCUCUCCUAAGAUAGCUUGAAACAUCACUUAGUCAUUAUACGCACAUGCAGACACAUAAACAUCUUGUUUAUUUUGUUGUUGCCGCCAUCUGUCUGUCUCAAGAGAAAAUGAACUAUGCUUGGGGGGCAAAGUUAAACAGCUGUAUUAGCAGCAAUGAAGUGACCUCCCCAGGGCACGAGCUUGGGUAGUGUGUAUGGAGGUCCUGGACUGCCCAGAUGAUGAGACCCCUCCCCUUUCAGCCAAAAGCAAUACAUUUGGCACAUACUUUAACUAUGGAACUUGCUCGCACUUGGAUGGUGUUAAAAGAGGACUCAAUAAAUUCACCAUGAUGGCCAUGCUCUGCCUCCGUUGUAAGAGACAGCAAUGAUACUGAAUGCCAGUUGCUGGAAACCAGAGGAGGAAAGAGUGCUCUUGUGCUCAAAUCCUGCUUGCGAGUUUCCUGUUGGGGCAUCUGGUUGGCCAUUGUGAGAACAGCAGCCUAGACUAGAUGGGUCACUCUGGCCUGAUUCAGCAAGCUCUUCUUAUGUUCUUAAAUCAUGUUAAGGUUGUGUUACAUCAAAGUAACAGUUUGUACAAGCACUGCCCAGCCCUCUCUUUCAUUUUUUUGCCUGUUUUCACUUGAGCAGGGAUGGGGAUCAUUUGCAAUCCCCUCCACAUGCUGUUGGACUUACAACUCCCAUCAACCCCAAAAGCCAACGUGACCCAGUGGUCAUGGAUGAUGGGAGUUGUAGUCCAGCCACAUCUGGAGGGCAUCAGGUUCCCCACCCCUGAGCUAGAGACUGAUUUCACAAUAUCUGACCUCCACUCCCUUGACCGUUCUCUCUCUCUUCAGUGGCCUGACUGGUCUGGCCUGAUGGUUUGGUUGAAUUUUUGCUCAUUUCUUGUCUGCCUCCAUCACAGGUUGGUGUGUGGAGCCCAUCUGAUGGACUGAAUAUCACUGAAAUCUCCCGAAGGCAAGGCCCCAAUGUGACAGAUUCCCUCACCAACAGAUCCUUGAUUGUCACCACAGUCCUGGUAAGUGGUUGCAGGGUUCUAUCUAACCCCUCCUUGAUUUGGCUGUUUCCACUUCUAGAUCGUAACCCCACCACCACCUUCUAAGGAGCUUGCGCUGUGUUUUCAUACAUUACAUUGUGUAUGGACAGAUUAUCCUGAUAGCAAAAGGGCUGAACUAUUUGGGCAUGGCAGGGAACUGUCCAAAACAAUGUUCUCCUUGGCAGCAUCCAGACUGGGGUUCAGUGAAGCCAUUGGAGCUCAAUGUGGUGUAUAUGGUUCUACUCCUCCUUAAAUAAUCCCCACAACAACCCUGUGAGGUAGGUUAAACUGAGAAGCACUGAGUGGUCUGAGGUCACCCAGUGGACUUCAAUGUCGAGUGGGAGAUUUGACACUCUAGCAAAUACAUGAUCACACUUCCUCUCACCAGUGGAUUCCAAUCCAUCUUCUGCUCAGCCCUAUGCUGGGGAGCAACUUCCCACAGCCCACAAACCACCCACUCUGAAACUGCAACCAAGCCCUUGUCAUCUCUCAGGAGCUCUUAUUGACAUUUCUCAGCAUCCCUUGGGGCUCCCCCUUCCCCCCCCACACACUUAGGCACCCAAGUGACAAACUACCCCAAAGUAAUUCACUUAGCCAGCGACGCUUGGAUACUCAGCCGGUCUCCUUGGCCACUAACUGUCACAGCACAUUUAGCACACGGGCCUGCUAUUGGAUUUGAAGGCAGGCAUCAGUUCAGGGUGAAUUUCCAUCCAGUCUCUAAUGAAUUAUGAUGAGGCCCACUGGUUUAGAUUCAGAUGUGUUAGACAGAGUGCCGAGCUUUGUUACUUCAGGAGGAAGAUAGGGGGAGGGCGGGGGCAGGCGAAUCCCUUGGAGAGGAUGCUGCAGCAAGAUUGAAGAGUUUCUCUCUUUGAAACCACACACACAGGCUCCUCUCUCCCAAUUCCAAAUCAGCCCCCCAUUUUGAUAGUUUCUCUAAGCCUUUGCUACAGCAUCAGCAGCUGGUCCUUGUGGGUCUAGAUCAGCUGCCAUAGUAUCAUGGAAUUGUAGAGUUGGAAGGGACUCAAAGGAUCAUCUAGUCCAGGGAUCCCCAGCUGAUCCUGGUAGAUCGUGGGAUCCUUAUCGUGUACAAAAAGUUACAGGGGGAAAGCUUAAAAUCUCUGUGCAAUCCACCCACCCCACACGCGCUCCUCCUCCUUCCAAUGACAAUGGAUAGAUCACUGCCAGUUUUUUUAUACUGGGUGUAGAUCGCAGUCUCUUGGGAGCUGGACAUGCCUGAUAGUCCAACCACUCACAAUGCAGGAAUCACAGCAUCAUUUUGGCCUGCAGGGGGAGGCCUUGGUCACCUUGAAAAGGUUAGCCAGUACCUCAUACUAAACCUAGGCCCCAUCACUAUUAUAGAUUUAAAGCAGAAUCAUACCAUUUGAAACAGUCAUCCGGAAACUGUAGUUUGUUAAGGGUGCUGAGAAUUAUUAGAAGACCCCUAUUUCCCUCACAAAGCUAUAAAUACCUCUUCCCAGGGACCUCAGGGAGCUGUAGCUCUGUGAGGAGAAUUGGGGCGUCCUAACUGCUCUCAGCAUCUACAGGUGCAUGGCCAUCUGUCAGCGAUCCUUUCGCUGUGAUUCCCACAUUGCAGAGGGUUGGACUUCAUGACCCUUUGGGUUCCUUCCAACUCUAGAAUUCUAUGAAUCCACGACACACUUCCCAGGUUUAAAGUGGUGUGAUACUGCUUUCAGUGUAUAGUGCAGAUGGGGCCCUAGACUGCCUUAUAAAGUCAUAGAAUCAUAGAAUUGUAGAGUUCAGAUUCGUUAGCUGUGAUUCCUGGGUUGCAGGGGGUUGGAUUAGAGGUCCCUUGGGGUCCCUUCCAAGAGUUUUAUGAUUCUGUGCUGAUGACGCAGGUGGAGACGAGCGCUUCUGGUUUGCCUGAGUUCUGCAACAGUUCCCUUUUUAAGCAGGGAAUCACCCACAUCUCCCUCCCGCUCUGCCACUUGAUGGCCUGUUUGCUGUUGCUGAUGCUGCCGCCACCAAGACGUGGUGCUGGGAUUCCUCCCUGCCUCCCCCUUUCACACCCUCCUGCUCAUCCUGCAGCGCCUUGUCGGUGGCAGCUGGCCGAUGAUGUUUCUCCAACAGACCGUUCCACUCUCUCCUCCUCGAGCCACGGGAGAGCUGUGAAGAUCCUGAAAUUGAGGGCACCUUCGCUGAGAAAUCGAUUAGCGAGCCCUGAAAGCCUGCGAAUUGAAUGUCUGACCGUUUCCAGUAAUAAAUUGUGAAACAGCCCGUGAAUAAGUGCCUUGCAGAGUUCAAGAAUUACCCCCUAGGAAAUGUCUGAGACCUCCAGGAGCGGCGCAGAGGCAAGCAGAGCUCCUACACGACGCUGCUUCUUCAACUGUUAAAUAUGGAGGAACACGCCCCCCUCCACUCUGUUUUGUGCCUCCUGAGAUUAAUGGGGCUUUAUGGCUGCUCCUGCCGGCCUCUAGACUUGAGUACAAAUGCAAAAGGCACGAGGACCAGCUUCCUGGAUGGGCAUCCUGCCUGCUGCCUUGCUUUCAGCUGUUCCUUGUCCACCAGCUGUACCAGUUUUGGGUGCUGCAAGUUGUUUGUCCUAUUUUAAGGACUGGGUAACCCAGUGGUUUCCAAAGUGGGUGGUAUCACCUCCUUGGGGGGCAGCAGGGUUACCAAGGGUGGGCAUUAAGAGGCAAGAUGGUGACACUGUGGGGGGGAGGGGCAGGUACCAGAGGUACAAAAGACUAUGAGACUUUGAAAUGCUAGAAUCCCUGGAGCAAGUUCAUCGGUUUUGUUGAAUCAAUUAAAUAAAUAAUUUUAAUUGGAUUUUGAUUAAGUGGGCAAUUAAUUGUCACUGUUUCAAAUUUUAUUGUGUUCUUGCAGUCCUUAGGGGGUUGUGAAAACUGCUAUUCUGAAGAGUGCUUUUUAAAGGGUAGGGUAGGGGAAACUGGGGGAGAGUUUAUAGAACCAAAGGGGUGCUGGCCCCCAAAAAAUCAGUACUACUGAAGUAGCUCCUUCACCCUGCCUAGCAGGUUCCAAACAUGGAGAAAGCCUCUUUUUAUGGGUCUUUCAUGGAAGGCAAUCUUUAUGUGGGGCAGUCAGGCUGAGUUCCAAAGAGCGGUAAGGUCCAGUGGUAAGGCAGGCGGCCAUGAAGCCACUCUGGCCUUCUACCACAUCCUUAGGAAAAUAAUGCAUGAUGGCCUCAGUUCCUGAUCUGUAAAAUGAGUACAUUCCAAACAGCUGAGCAUGAGGGGCCGCAAUCCAAAGCAGAGAUGAGCAACCAUUAAAAUCAAUAGUGUUCAAUGACUUCUUUCAGGGUGUUUACUUCUGCCUUGAAUUGUGGCCACUGAAGUUUUUGAAGCACAUUGAAAAUAAAACAAGUUCUAAGGAUGGAAUAUGAUAUUGAAUUAUUUGCUGCAUUUGUAUCCUCCUGUUUUCUCCAAGGAGAUUCCAGGUCCUAGUCAGACCAUCUAACCAUUACAGCACACUGGCUCUCAUUAGUGUUAUAAUGCUAUAAUGGUAGCAGGCAUGAUAACGACCAAACUGGCUGCAGUGCCAGAAAGCAAAGAGAGACACCCAGAUCUGUCCUGUGGCUACUUAAAGGGGCUUCUGUGGCUGGUGGGUUUAGUUGCAUGUGGUUGUUUAGCUACUCUCUGUCUCUUUCCUUUCUUCCUGUGUAGGAGGAACCCUUUGUCAUGUUCAUCAAGUCGGACACCGUGCUCUCCGGGAAUGAGCGCUUUGAAGGCUACUGCGUUGAUCUCCUAAGGGAAGUCUCCCGAAUCCUUGGCUUCAGCUAUGAGAUCCGUGUGGUGGAGGAUGGGAAGUACGGAGCCCAGGAUGAGAAGGGGCAGUGGAACGGCAUGAUCAGGGAGCUGAUUGAUCAUGUAAGUACCUUGCUGUUAUCUAUAGAUGUUCCUCAGGAUCCCUUCCAAUUCUACAGUUCUAUGAUUCUAUGUACUGCAUCACCCCCCUCUCCCACCUUCAUUUGUCUGCCUGCUUGCUUAAAAUACUUCUAUCCUGGCUUUCCAGAAGGGACCCACGAGGCUCAACCUGGCUAGCAGCAAAAAAUAACAUCAAUAAAUGCAACCAGAAAACAUGUAAGGAUAUUGUUUUGAAAAGCAGAUAAAAACAGGACAGUCAAAACUUAACCACUUCACAGGUCAGAUGCUCAUUAAAAAAGAAAAGUUUUCAUAUGGCAGGAGAAGGCCCUUAAGUAGAGGGCAUGCCUUACCCCCUCUGGAUAAGGAGUUCAAAAACCUAUGUGCAGCCACAGAGAAGGCCUUCACCUGCACCUCAGCCAAACACAACUCUUGAGAGGAAGGAGAGCCUCUCCAGAAGAUCUUAAUAACUGGACAGUUGUGGAGGAGAGAAGACAGACUUCAGAAAUCCCAAGCCAUUUAUUUAGGGUCAUGGUGAACUUUGAACUGGGCUCAAAAAAUUAACCAGAAGCCCACGAAUCAACUGUCAUAAAGAAGUAACAUACUCCCAGUACCCAGCUCUGUUCAGCAGACUGGCCACAACGUUCUGGAGCAGCUGGAAUUUCUGAAGACUUCUCAAAGGCAGCCCCACAGAGAACACAUUGCAGUAGUCUAUUUGAGAUGUGGCUAAGGUAUGUGUCACCAUGCCCAUCUCUGGUGACUCAUGGAAUGGGCACAGCUGGUGCACCAACCUAAGUUGGGUAAAUGCAGUCCUGACCACAGUCAAUAGUUGAGCAUCUGUGCCCAAGGCUGGGUCCAGGAACAUCCCCUAAGCUGUGCACUUGAGUUUCCAAGGGAGGAAUUCUGCCCCAUUUCUGUCUUGUCUGGAUUAAGCCUCAGCUUGUUUGUCCCCAACCCAUCCAUGAUCAAAUUAAAAACUAAAGGAAAAAUUGAAGGAAAAUUGAAGGAAGGAGAAAGAGACAUGGAUACUAUCCACUUGAAACUGGCUUGUGUCGGACUUGUGUUCGACCGAGCUCCUCCGAGCUCCUCCGACGUGAUUAACAACCUGAGCCUUGAUGAGGUUCCAAGCACGUUUCCCCAUUACGCAGAGUAUCCAGCACAGGGAAGGACGAGAUAGUAUGAGCUACAUGGCAAAAAGAGUUUUAUUCCUAACUACGCAGACAGAAAAGAAAAUGCAUCCGCUCUCUGUGAGAGCAGAGAACAACUGAAAAACAAAGGAACAGGAAACGAGUAACAUCACAUCCGUCUCCUGUCUUCCGUGAGACUUCCAAUAGCCUGGAAGCUCUGGAAAGCAAAACAGAGUCUUGUGACUCCAAGAGUACUGCACAGUGGCAACACACAGAAACUAACAGCUUGGACUGAAACUGGAGUAUUGGUGGAGAGAGAGAAUCUGAAUUUUCAUACAUUUGUUUAUUAGUAGUUACUUAGAUCUACAAUCUUCUUAAGACUAUGCUGUGCAUCAUCUGUCUGUCCAUCCAUCAUCCAUUUCCACAUGUUCCUCUUGAGUGUGACCAAGAAACAGAACCAAAUAUUGUGCUUCUUUGGAGAGAUUGCUCUGUGCAUAUGCUCUGAGGUAGUUGUUGUAGUCCCUAGAAAAGGUGUCUGGUGAAACAUACUUUUUAGCUCCCAAACAACUAGAAGGACUUGCUAAGGAAGAGGCAGAGAAUCAGAGGCAGACUCAAAAGCAGAGUGUUUCUGAGAGGCAUGGGCUGGAGUCACAUCCAGCCCUAAGCAAUCUGUCUCUCAAGGAGUUAAGCUGUGGCCUGCGGUCCAGAAUCCCAGAGGCAAUAUCUCCGCUUGAUGAUCCAUGCUUGCACUUUUAUAGCCUGACCCUGCUGCAAAGCAGAGGACAAGCUGUUAAAAAAAAAAAAAAAGCAGGACCAGGUGUGUGAGGAACAAUUUCAUUUAUUUGGAAAUGCAGUUUUAUUUUCAAAAGCAGAACGUAAACAGAUUCUUCCUUCCAGCUGAGUAGAUGCAGAAAUCUUUUGCAGGCGACAGAGGCAGUUCUCCUCCGCCUAGCAGUAAUACACCCUUCUCUGAAAACGCUAAGCUGGAUAGCCUCCGUGGAUAGCAUUAUUGGGCAAGCUUCUCCUCACUCAGGUUUGGUUGGACUGGAAUCUUUAAUAAAAUAAAAAAAGCAGGAAAAUAGCUUGGCCCAUUUCUGAGCCAUUCCUGGUUCUCUGGCACUCAAGUGGCAAGCAGAGAGAAGCCUUUUGUUUCUGUUCUCCUGGGUCUGAGGGCUUGUCCACGCUUCUGCUUGCCCCAUGCCUAGAAACAUAGGAGCCAACUGCAGGGGCCCUUGGGUGCUUGGGCACCCACAAUAAUAUAAUUGUGUGGGCUGGGCACCCACAAAGUCAAUGAAGAAGGCUGGCAGAUGGCAGCAGCACUGCCUCCAAAAGAGAAGCAGUUCAGCCCUGCCCUCCUCGGCCAACGAGUGAGGCACCCUUUUCUGGGGGGUGGGGCUCAGACAUGGAGGUAGUCUCUCUGCCUCCAAGCCCUUCCCCAUGGAGAAGGGUGCCUCGCUGGCUGCAGAUAGGAGGAGGAGGAAGAGGAGUCAUUGCUGCUGGCUGCCGCAAUGUGGACUUGCAACAUCACUCGCCCACACCUGCACCUAGUGUGAGUGAGAUCACAUGCACUACGUCCAGGCAAUGUCGCAUGUCCAUGUUGCAGUGGUGGGCACCCACAAUCCUGAGAGAAAGGUGGCACCCCUGCCUUGAAAGCAUGGGUCCAAUCAAUUUUCCGCUUGACCUGAGCUUUCUAGGCUUAGGUCUGAGCAGUUUCCUUCUUGCCCCCACUCCUUUCCUAGUGAAAACCACUCUUCAAUGCUAAAUCGGAGCAAACGUCCAUCUGGGGAAAACCUGAAUUGCUGUUUGCUCCAACUGAGCACUAAAGAGCAGUUUUCCCCAGGGGAAACCAGUGGGACAAGAGGAGGUGUGAAUAAGAAUAAUAUUACAGCAUGCCAGGGUGCAAGCAGAGGGUUGGACUAGUUCUGCCCUGUCCCAUGUUAUCCUCACAAUAACCCUGUGAAGUAGGUUAGGCUGAGAGUGAACGACUGGCCCAGGAUCACCUGGUGAGCUUGAAUGGGGGAUCUGAACCCUGAUCUCUCAGGUCCUAGUCUGACACUUUAACCACUACACCACACUGGCACUUGUGGACGAGCACACGCCAACGUGCUUUCACACAAGCAACAGGUACAAAGUCACUUUGCAAAAGAAGAAACGCUUUGAAACAGCAAUUUUAAAAAAGCAACCACGCUCGUAAGAGCACUUUCAAACAGUAAUUACCACCUGCCUGUUGAGAGCAUCUUUUUAUCGGAGUCCCUCAAAGCACUCCACAAACAUUAAUUACCCCCCUGCAAUGCUAAGUGGGUUCCGUUUUAAUUGAAACUGUAAAUGACUUUGCUCAGAGCUGUGCACCGUAUCGGGGCAGAAGGGAGGCAGGAGCCACAGAUCCUAAAACCUGGCUGGCCUGGCUGCGGCUGGCCUGGCUACUGUCGUUUUAUAGGAACCAUGGUUCUGACAGCUUGCACCAUUUUACGCAGAUAAUCAGUUGGCGUAGUACAAUAACACGAGAGCAAAGGGGCCUUGCUUCCCUAUGGGAAAGAUGUCUUUUUAAUAAUCCUUUUAUUAAUAGGAGAUCCACCUUUCACCAUUUAUUUUAACCAUUUGGUGAUUAAUCUGGGCUGCUGUGUGCAGGAAGUCACAUGAGGCUCCAGAACGGCAUCAAUUUCUUGAUGCUCUAAUAAUACCAUGAAGAAAAUAAUGCAAUCUGAGGGACUUCUAAUUUCCCAGCCCACUGAAGUGUCUUCCAUGCAAAUUUCAAUUCAGAGGCCUCCUCAGACUGAACCUGUAAAACAGAACAAAAUAAUUAAUGGCAUAAUUACCCUCUGAAUGCAGUUUGGAGGCAUCAAAGUGGGGGGAGGCUCUCUCUUUUACAUCCACCGACCCCACGGAAUGUCUCCCUUAGCAAUUGAUUUGUUGGGUUUAAGAGUGGGAGAAAGAUGUACAUACACAGCACUGCAUCAGCCCAGCCAGUAAGCAGCAUUUAUUUCUUCCAAGUCAGACUACUUUAAAAAGCCAGUGCAAUGUAGUGAUUACAGUGGUGGAUUGAGACCUGGUAGACCAAGGUUCAAGUCCCCAUUCAGCCAUGAACUUCACUGGGUAAUCUUGGGCCAGUCACUGCCUCUCAGUGUAGCCUGCCUUGCAGAGUUGUUGGGGGAUUAAAGGAAGAGGGGGAGAACCACGUACACCGCCCUGAGCUCCUUGGAGGAAAAGUUGUCAUAUAAAUGUAACAAUAAAGCAAAGCCUUCCUCCAAUAGUUGGGGCUUGGUGUGAGGACUGCUGUUGUGUGUGCACUGCCAUCCACAGUAUGAAUGUCAGUGUGUUUAGGUGCAUGUCUGAGCAAACUAUAGAUGCAUCCUAUAGAUAUCCUUUUGCAGUGUGUGUUGAGGGGGGUACACUGUAACUUCAGGCCAAAUGCCUGAGUUCUGUGGAAUCUUGCAGAAAGCUGUGAUGCUUGUUCUCUGUCAAGAGACCUGACUUGGUCAGCACAUCGUUUGACGCACAACUUUCCCCCCUGUGCAGAAAGUCAAUGAGUCACGUAACUCGUGACUCGCCCAAGGCACACUGUUUCCCACCACAGGUGGCCUGUGAUGUGAAGAUGAGGACAACCAGUGGUGCUGCCCUUUAUUUGUCAGCACUUGCAUUUUGGGAUUGCAGGGACUCUACUUUGCCCCCCGCUGUGUGAUCCUGGCAGGUCUGGCCACAGGCAGUGCAGCCUUAAGGGAAAAAACAGCUUUUUAGAAAGUCCUUUGUUUUGAGGCUGGCCUGAAGCAACAAAAGCAAGAACAUCUCGUGCCUUGGAAGGUUUAUGUGUUCAGUUCCCCCCACCCUGCAAAAUGGCCAUUUCCUCCUGCAGCUGGGAAAAUCCCCAGCUGGCUCAGAGGACCAUCCCACACCAUGGCCAUUCAUUUCACACACAAUUUUCAAAAAUGUAGAUGCUAACCUUUGAAGACAGUGAGAUCCUGCAAAUGCAGGAAGAAGGAGGAGGAGAAGGAGGAGGAGAUCAGGGACACAGCUCCACCCCUCCUCUGUUGCAUCCCCAAACAACUUGCGCUUGAAGGGGACCCUCUCCACAGAUCUUCAUGCCUGAGCAUUGACACCUCGGGACACUGCUGGAAAUCUCUGGAGGAACCAGAUGCCGAACUUAACGAGCCAUUGGCUGGAUCCAGGAGGCUCUUCUUACAUUCUUAAAUUAUGUGGUUAUGUGGGAAUUGGCUUUCUUCAUAUUCAUUAUAGGUUUGGGUAUAUAGGAUUCUUUGGUGUUGUGCAAAACUCACUUUUGCUUGUGGUUAAUGAACAGUAUAUCCAUAGAUGAUCCUAUCAAAUAGCAGAAGGUUAAAGUUGUGGUCUUUGGUCUUAAAGAUCCACCUAGAACAGCAUUUUGAUUCCAGCUAGAUACCGCCUGGGAUUUUCACAAGAAAGGCAUAAAGGUAACCACUGCCCUCUCUUCUUUGCCCCCCCCCCCCCCGGUAUCUAGUACAGUCAUACCUUGGAUCCCGAAUGCCUUGGUACUUGGACAUUUUGGCUCCCGAAUGCCACAAACCCAGAAGUGAGUGUUCCAGUUUGUGAACAUUCUUUGGAAGAUGAACAUCCGACAGGGCUUCCGUGGCUUCCAAUUGGCUGAAGGAGCUUCCUGCAGCCAAUCAAAAGCCGCGCUUUGGUUUCUGAACAUUUUGGAAGUCAAAAGGACUUCCGGAACGGAUUCUGUUCGACUUCCAAGGUACGACUGUACCCAGAAAUUUGCUAUCCUGGGCGUGGUUCUUCAUGUAUCUAUCAGGGAUGGUAGCUUGGUUAAUCUUCUAUCCAUGAAUUCAUCUUUUGCUGAAGCCACCUCAGCUCCUGCCCAUUGUAACACCCCAGGACAGUGAACUGCAUCAGUAAAACUUAUUCAAAAGAAACACUUCAUGACACAUAAUUCCUUCUGUUCCUUAUAGCUCCAAGGUAGCCUUGUUCUGACACUCCUACCGCAGAAGAGGCUUGUAUCAAAAGCGGCUACAUCUUUUUGUCCUUAUUGGACAUUUUGCACCAAUAUAAGCUGUUCUCUGUGAUUUCUACUUGGCAUGAAGAACACAGAAAAAAUGGAGGGUUUUUCUUGAACAGAAAUGCCUCCCCACUGAUAACUGCAGCUCAGUCCUAAUCUCUGUCCCUGGGGGAUGAUUUGACAGUUGAUUUAAUGCUUUCACCAUAAACAGAGCAUUUAUUGACAGUAAAUUCCAGCAAUUUAUGUCCUUACAGCUACCUGGUUUGGGAAUGUUUUUGCACCUGAUGCUGAGAGAUCGUUUAGUGCAGAUGCGGGCAAAAUCACUGCCCUCAGAUGGGAAGGGGCAAGCUUUCAAGAAAUGCCCUGAUUCUAUGCCCUGUAUGUUCUGAGCUGCAGGAAUUUGGCAUGGAGAAAACAAGGGCCCAGAGGAUGGGAAGGAACUCCUGAAACACACAGUUUAUCUUUGCCUCUUUAUGUUUGCCUGAGUCCACUAAAUAUUUUGAUUCAGCCGACCCGAAAGGAAGGUAAAUUUGAAGGCAAAACAUAUGUAGAGAUCUUCACAAACUCUCUCAGGGAAGACGCAUUGUCAGACAUUGCUGUGUUACACUUGGAAUGAAUUUCUCAGAGCGAAAAGAGUUCUAGUAGGAUUGGUGAAAAUUCUCAGGCUGGCUUUGUGCCUCCAACCUAGAUGUCUUUAAAUGUGAUCUGAUCUAGGCUUUUUUUUUUAUCUUGUUAUGUUUGUGCAUCUCUUGAUAGCCUUUUGAAAAAAAUGACUUUGGAGAUGUGGCUUUAGCAGUCUUGACUUGCAUGCCAAUUUUUGCACUGCCGUCUAUCCCUUUUAUUCAAUUCUGAAUUUGGGGAAUGGGAUCCUUUAACAGACAUUUGCAGCUGCAAACCACGAGGGCAGGAGAGAAUGAAGUUCAAACAAGCCAUUGUUUUGGUGAAGGCUGGUAACUAGACAGACAUGGGCAUGAUCAAAUUUUGUUGUCAAUGGUGAUGUACGUGGGGCAGAAUAAAAAGCUGGAAUGGAAAGCAGUUAUCCAGCUGACCAUUUUGAGACAUGCUGUGAUCAGAUUGUCCACGUUACUUCUUGGGUGACCUUCUAGUUCCCUGUGUGGUGGGAAGACUGUCCUGCUCUCCCACCAGGAAGGAACAUAAUGUUGCAAUCAGCCAUUAUGAAUCUUUUGCCAGUCAUCUGCUGAAAUCUGCUGGAACUAACAACCAAGUAUCUUCUUCUCCACGGUCUCUUGUGUUCUCCAGUAAAAUCAAUAAAAUAUGCAUUAUUUACCUUUUCUCCCAGUGGUGCAGACAAUUAGUUUAUCUAAUAUCUAAAGUAUACAUGUGAUGUUCCCUCCUUUUCCACCUUGGUAUACUUUUGCUGUUCCUGUAGCAGCCUAGGAAUGAGUGAACUGGUCAGUUCCUACUUCUCUCAGUUUAUCAUUGUUUUCCUAUCUUAAGUUCUUUUCACCCCAUUUGCAAACUUUUAAAAAGUAUGCAUGAAACAACUGCUUCUUUGUGCACAUUUCUCCUGAUAUAUGCAUUUUUGCAGCAAUUUCCCCAAAUGCAAUGCAUUCUUAAGAACACAAGAAGAGCCAGCUGGAUCAGGCCAAUAACCCAUAUAGUUCAUCAUCCUGUUAUCACAGUGGCCAACUAGAUGCUGGAUCCCAGCACAACAGCCCUCUCCUCUCCUGUGGUUUCCAGCAACUGGUACUCAGAAACAUUACUGCCUCCAACUGUGGAAACAGAAUAUGGCCAUCUUGGCUAGUAGUCAUAGAUAACCUUAUUCUCAUCCAUCCACCUUGGCAUCAAUGAACACUAAUGACCACUGAAAGGGUGGAGUGGCCACAGUCCCUGGCAUGAAUGGAGAACCAGUAGUUUGGGUCUGCUAUGGAAAGAACAGGGAUGGUCCUGCUGUGUCUGUCUUCCUUAUCAAAAGCAUUUGUGCCAAUCAGACCAAACUAUAAUUGUCACUUAACUUUCCUUUGAGACACUUUAUAGACCCCACAAAAAUCCAAAAGGGAUAAGAACAGGGAUGUGAUUUCAACCCUUGAGUUCCUAGGGCAACUCUGCUACCCUCCUGAUGUUCUGGACUAUAAUUCCUAUCAGCCCCAGCUAGCUUGCCAUUGUGGUUCAGAACACCUAGAGGGCACUGGCUUGGGGAAGGGUGUGCUAGGACAUUUGGGAGCUCUGAUUCAGAAGCUCCCAAGUGGAUCCAAUCCCAAUAGCAUGUCUUCCAUUCAGGACUAAAUUUUAAGUAACCCAGAAUGCAUGCAGAGUUUGCAAAGGAACCCCAGGGCAGCCCUCUGAAGCUGCCAAUGGCUCCUUUGCAGCUGCAGGUUCACCUGACUUAUAUUGGACAUCACAUGGCAUCAGAUGGAUGUGGCCGGGGGGGAAUGGCAUUGCAGGCCCAACUGUGAGGCCUAUUUGACCUGUGGGCCAGAAGUUCCCAAGACACUGAUCUUCAUAGCAGCCCUUGGGGAAACAAGAUUGUGACACGAGAGACCCAAGAGCCUUGCCCACCGCCCUUUUCCUCCUCCAUUUCUAACAACUGCUCCCUCUCUCUCUCCCUCCUGCUCCACAGAAAGCUGACCUGGCUGUCGCUCCGCUCACCAUCACCCAUGUCCGGGAGAAAGCGAUUGACUUCUCCAAGCCCUUCAUGACUCUGGGGAUCAGCAUUCUCUACCGGAAGGCCAAUGGGACCAACCCCAGUGUCUUCUCUUUCCUGAACCCUCUGUCUCCUGACAUUUGGAUGUACAUCCUCCUUGCUUACCUGGGAGUGAGCUGUGUGCUGUUUGUGAUAGCCAGGUAAGGAGCUCACCAGCUACAAGGGGCGCCAAAAGGAACUCUGGCCCUAGGGUUUGGCUCCUAUGCUAGGGAGCAGCCACUGUGAGAAGGCCCUCUGCUGUGUCUCCACCAAGCACUCCUAUGAGGGUGGCAGGACCGAAAGAAAGAUCUCCCUUAAAUAUCUCAGAGCCCAGGCAAGUUGGUAUGGGAGAAGACAGCUUUUCAGGUAGCCUGCAUACACAUGUGCCAGUCAUCUAGUCUUAAAAAACAAGCCAACCCCUUAAGAGAACUUUGGGGAAAUCCCUUCCUCUCCCUUGUAUGCUAAGUCCCUUCAUUUUUGAGGGAUAGGGUGUCUGUGUGUAGGGGUGCCACUUUGACUCCCACUAUGGCACUUAGUGCUGUGGUCUAAACCACUGAGCCUCUUGGGCUUGCUGAUCAGAAGGUCAGCAGUUCGAAUCCCCGUGAUGGAGUGAGCUCCCGUUGCUCAGUCCUAGCUCCUGCCAACCUAGCAGUUCGAAAGCAUGCCAAAAAGUGCAAGUAGAUAAAUAGAUACCACUCCAGCGGGAAGGUAAAUGGCGUUUUCAUGUACUGCUCUGGUUUCGCCAGAAGCGGCUUAGUCAUGCUGGCCACAUGUCCCGGAAAAAGUGUCUGCAGACAAACACCGGCUCCCUUGGCCAGUAAAGCAAGAUGAGCGCUGCAACCCCAGAGUCGUCUGUGACUGGACUUAACUGUCAGGGGUCCUUUACCUUUUUUAUGGCACUUGAGGAAAGAGCAGCCCUACAAAAUGUCUCCCCUCCUCUGUCCAUGGCAGCCAGUCCUGGCUGCAGUCCCCAUAGCCUCCUGCCCCCAUUCCCAACGCACACACAAUGGGCAAUGGCAAUAGCCCAGCACGUCCUGAAAAAUAAGUGGAGGAUGGCACUGACCCGGUUGCUAAUGGCAGGCAUUUGGUGCAAUGGGAAACUCCGCACUGCCAUCCCUGUGCAGGAGAGAGCCACCUUUAGCAGGGAGAAGCACAUCCCACAGUUAAAGGCAAUUGUCUGUCUCUUGCUGGUAGCAGGUAGGGAGGUUGCUGGCCUCCUUCCCCGUAUUGGGUUAAUAGGAUAUAAUUGGGAGAAGUGGGGGGGAUAUGGUGGGUGCUGGGGGCCCUGGCCAUCCCCUCUGGGUCAGCUCUGUUCCUGCCUUCAGGAAAAUAGCCUGUCCAGGCUGGGAUCUGAGAAGAGAGAGGGAGGCAGAAUGGAACCACAGCGGUGGCAGCAUCAUUAUCUCCAUUAGCUCCAGUGUUCCGGCUUUUAGGAUGCUUUGCUGGCUCCCUGGGGCCAUUACAGCAUUUGGAGGCGAUUACCUGAGCUUAGUGCCUAAUACUCUAAUUUCAUGUAAUGCACUUGUCAAAAUCAGCUCCGCAGGGAGGAAGGCUGACUCUUUGUUUGCUCUGGCACAUCUGGAUUGGCAAAGAGGUCUGCUUUUAAAAAGGGGUUGGGGAAAAUGCAGGAGGCUUAGACACCAAUUUUGAGGAGAGUCUUCUCCAAAGAACCUGAUAUUUGUGGAGUGGCUAGUCCUCAAGGGAGUGUCCCGGUGCAAGAGAGCCGCUCAAAAGGGGAAAAGAGCAGAUGAAGAAAAUAAGUUUUCUGGGGGAUAGUCUAUAAUCUGGGAGAAAUAGAUUCAAAACCUGAUUUAGCUACACACUCCCUGUCUGGCCUUGGGGCAACAGUUAAAAUUCUUAUAAAGAAUGAAUUAAUUCCACUCCAUUUUUGCAUUGUGCCAGGCCACAAUGGGAGAGAAUUACUUUCUGCUUUUCAUUCUUCCGCUUAGUUUUGCCUCUCUGUCUUUCCAUCCACAUUUGCUCUUUGAUGAUUUCAUCUGCACAGAUUUCCAGGCAAAAUAAACCCCAAGUCACAUGAGUGCGUGUGAGUGUAUUUCAGAGCAAAGCGCAAUUUCUCCCCUUGGCUUGGUUUCAAUUAAAGUUCCCGUGACUGUAACUUUCCCCUCUAAACCUUCCUGGCUUUUAUCUAUCUCUUUGAGCCGCACCUGGUCUUCUGCAUAAUUAAGGCUGUGCACAGAUGGUUCUGGGCAGAAGAGGGUGCAGAGAGAAGGUCCCAGGACAUGGCAAGGAGGAAAUUGGAUCUUUCGCCCCCAGCAAUAAUAGGGAACAUUUUCACUCUUGACCCUUGCCCAGCUCCAGAAUUCUAGCCUGCAGGGGGAAAAUGUUGCCAAAAUUGGCACACCUUAAUUCAAAGGCAUGAGCCUCUCUUGAAAUAAACCGGCCUCCCCCUGCCUCCCCACCAUAUAAAGGCCUCCAUCAGUUCCACCAUAGGUCACUGCUGCUUAAAACCAGCUCUGUGGCUGCUUGGAGACCCAAAAUGGCAGUGUUUUGAUCCAUCAGAGCUUUUAAUAAGGCUUUGAAGCUUAUUGAUGGAGCUGCAGCCUGAAUCCACCAAAUGUCGCUGAGGUUAGAGAUGUAGAAUGAUACCUUCUAGGUGGCCACUUUUGCCUGGUGUUGCUUUGUAGUGUAGUCAAGGCAGCAACAUGAAUGACAAUGUUUAAUUGUGGCUGGCUGUGCGUUGACGCCUGGGGUUUCAGGACAGCCCCGCUGCUGCUGCUACUGCUGCUGCCACACACAGGCAGGCGUGAAGUUCUGUAUUUGGAGGGGCUUGGGCGGGUAUUGGAUUGGGCCAUGACUUUGGUUUUGCAACUACAGAGGCUCCUUAUUGUCUGGGAAUGCCAAAGCCCCCCCUCUGUCAUUCAAGAAUGUGGUAUCUGCUUACACACCAGGAAAUGAAUGAGGCAAAAUAAUAAAUGUGCCAAAGCGGCUCCUCCUCCUCCUCCUUCUUCCUUCCUCCCCCUCCUCCUCCUCCUCCUCCUUCUUCCUUCUUCUUCCUCCUCCUCCUCUUUGCAGAUCUCUCCAUUUCCAUUUCAGCUGAGCAUUUGGAGGAGAUGAGGCUGUUGUAAAGCCAGGGGGAAUCACAGAGGGAGAAAUUGCGAUGCUAAUUAAUUUGUUUGGUUCUGAAGCAAUUAUGCCAAUUAUGCAGAAUUUAAUUUAAUUAUCUUGCAAAAUGCAGGACCUUUGGAAAAUGUGAGUAAGGCGCUCCAAAGGUCCUGCAUUCUUCCUCAAAUCCACCUUUAACUGGUAUGGCUUUGAUUGGAUCUUUGCAGCAAGAGGAAGGAGCCAAGUCUUCCUGGAAAAGGCCUACCACUGUCAUCUUGGCCUGAUCAUUGAGAUGCUUGAAGGGGGAGUCAGUUCAGUCAUACCUUGGAUCCCGAACGCCUUGCAAGUCGGACGUUUUGGCGAACUAUUUUUGGAAGCCGAAUGUCUGACGGGGCUUCCGAUUGGCUGCAGGAGCUUUGGUUUCCGAACAUUUUGGAAGCCGAAAGGACUUCUGGAAUGGCUUCUGUUCGACUUCCAAAGUACUACUGUAUGUAGCUCUGUAACCCAAAUUCGGGAGAUAGGGGAAGCAGGUCACCUGCUCUGCCCUUCUGUUGGAAGCUAUCAGUAAAACAAAAGUGGCAAUCUUGGGGCAGCUGGUAUAGGACCUGAUCCACGGCUAGGAGAGGUUAUUGUUAUCACCCCCUUUUUAUCUCUGACUCCACCCCACUCACAGGCUUCCCCACUGCCUUCUCAGUAUCAAAUCUUAGAUUGUCAGCUGGUCAGGGCAGACAGAGACCUGUCCUAAGGAAAGCACCAGUACACCAUUGACACAAUCAUCAUCAUCAUCAUUAAACAGGGAUGAUAUGGCUACUCAAAAAGAAAGGGAUUUCUAAAAUGUAAAGGCAUAUGCAAUCCUCUCCGGACAGGGAUUUGCCUUCAUUUGCUCCUGCAACUCUAUCAAGUGUCAUGCAUAGCAAUGGUAUCCUAAGAAAAGUCAGUCCUGCAUGGCAGACGUCAACUGAACAAGAAGGGGCAAGGAGGGUGAAAACACAUGAAAGAGGCACUUCUCCCUUCCCCCUUUCUCUCAAACAAAGGUCCCUGACCCCCUGCACUCCCCUGUAACAGACAAAAAUGUAUGAGCCCCAGAUAGCCCUUGACUGGCUGGAUUAGUGCCAGACUUGUGUCAGCUGCCUCUGAAGCUGGUUUGUUCUUUGCACCAGCCUCUUCUGCCCUGUCUGUUAGGAGUCCUCCCUCAAUGCCCGCCUUCUCUCUCCCUGCAGGUUUAGCCCUUACGAAUGGUAUGACGCCCACCCCUGCAAUCCAGGCUCGGACAUCGUGGAGAACAACUUCACCCUCCUCAACAGCUUCUGGUUUGGCAUGGGAGCGCUGAUGCAGCAAGGUAGGCCCCCCCUCCCCUGAGCAAACACCCCCCUCCCGCAAACCACUCUUGUUUGGUGUGUACCUGUGUGUGUGUUUGUGUGUUGACAGGUGCAAGAUAAACGUAGUUGCGCUUGUCAAAAGAGAGAAAAAAUUGCCUCUGGAGCAAGAGAAAUAAUGUUGCGCCUCCUCUCCCUUUUUGUCGCGAGGCAGCCGGGGAGUUUCUGUCAUCAGACGAUGACAAGCAAAGACAUUGGUUUUGAAAUGGUGGAGUCUGUUUCUUAACAAUUACAGGAGUGCUUGUCAAGACCGGCUUCUGUCUCUCCUCCGCUGAGGAGGCUCUCGGGUGCUGCCAUGACGGAGCUCUUCCUCCUUCUCCCCUGAGUGCUUGACAACACCGCCUUGUGGAAGCCAGGGGCUGAAAUCCAUCACCUCACUGGUGCCUCUGCCCAUUAAUAGAGCUGUACCAGCCGAGGGCAGGUUUACUGCCCUUGGGAUCUGCCUCUGUUGCCUGGGCCGCUCACUUCAUAGCUCAGUGGUAGAGCAUCUGUUUUACAUACAGAAGCUCCCAAGUUCGAUUCCCAUCAGCAUCAGGUUUGACUGGGAAAGAACCCUUCUUGGAGAUCUGCUGCCAGUCAGAGUAGGCAAUACUAACCUAUAUGGACCAGUGGUCUGGCUGAGUAUAAGACACCUUCCUAUGAUCGUGAGGUUGCUCAGGUUCAAUCCCUGAUGGCAUCUCCAAGUAGGACUGGGAGAGUCCCCUCCUGAAACCCUGGUGCGUGAGCUGCUGCCAGUCAGUGUAGGCAAUGCUGAGCUGUAUGGGCAAAUGGGUCCGACUCAGUCUAAGGCAGUUCCCAGAAGCAAAUCAGCACUGUGGGCUAGUCAGGAAACUCCGAGAAAGGGUGAGGAAUGGUUCUUGUUAUAUCUCUCCAGAGGCAAAAAUCCAGGCGUCUUGCACAACUUGCUUUGUAAAACAAGCUGCAUCUCCACACUGGUUUUUGUUUUAGUUCACCAAAUGGGGUUCUGGGGUUGCAUGCAGCCCUUGGAUUCAGAAUCGCUUCUUCAGUGCUAGGAUUGUAGCCUCGUGGGUCUGCCUCGCUCUCUCAUACUUGCAAGUCCACUGAGUACAAAAGCCUCAGGAAAAAGGAGAAGCACUAGGCACUCAUUUUAAAAGGUAUAUAGCAUGACCUUUUAUUUUAUUGGUAUCUGAACCAUGCUAAACCUAGGAGGCAGCUCUUCUCUAUCUUCUGGCUACCCUACAAUGAUUCCCUAUCCCUGCAGGCCUCCCUCCUCCCAAGGAGGUGAAUGUCCACAUGGGGAGAGAGGGAGGAGCUGCUUGCUAGUAGGCCAGAUCUUUGGCCUAGCUUGUACCUUGGGAGGCUAAGCAAUAAUAAUAAUAAUAAUAAUAAUAAUAAUAAUAAUGGUGGUGGUCUCCAGUCACUUCUCUUUCACUCCCUCCUGAAAACCUUGAAAUCUCUCCCAUUUUUGCCAAUUGCCAAUGAUGGUGAAAUCAGGAGAUUUUAACAACUUGAGGGUAGCAUAUCAGAAUUUGGCCAGAGGAUAGAGAUUAGCAAUUAGAUUAUCAAGUGACUAGAUGCACACUGGCAUCAAAAGCUACAUGGUCAAGCCCAGCAAGAGUGUGGCAUGGGCCAGAAUGUGGCUCUAACUAGCUCAGCAUCUACAGGAUGCCUCUGUGGGCUCAACAAUCCAGCCUUGUUUAAUAUAUAUUGAAAAAUAAAAACCUUAAAAUAAAAUAAAAACAAGCUGAAGUCACCUCCUGAAGCUCAGAACCCGAGUCUCCGAUGUCCUGGCCCUCCAAUGCUCUGUGUUCUCCAGCUUUGAAGACAGUUUGGAAACUGGUGCAGAAUUCCGUGGCCAGGUUGCUUCCUGUGGCGCAAGACGGUCUGAGCACAUAACACCAAUCCUGGUUUGGAUGCUAUAGUUUCCAGAGCCCAAUUCAAAGUGCUGGUUUUGACCUUAUAUGGCUCAGGACGCUCUCAUCCCGUAUGAAUAGGCUCAUACCCUGCAAUCAUCACAUGAGGUCCUUCUCCAUGUGUCCCACCCACAGGAGGUCUGGAGGGUGGCAACAUAAGAACGGACCUUUUCAGUGGUGGCUCCCCAUUCAUGGAAUGCUCUCCCCAGGGAGAUUCACCUGGUGCCGUCAUGAUACAUCUUCAGGUGCCAUGCAGAAACAUUCCUUUCAAACCAAGACUUUGACUUUAGCUAUCUAUGGCCUUUUGGAGUGGGUGGGAUGUUUUAAUGCCCCCUCCCGGUUUUAACGUAUGUAUGGGGAAGGUUGUAGGUUGUUUUGCGAGCCACUUUGAGUUGCCAUGGCAAAAAAACUGACUAAUAAAUUUUAGUAUUAGUAUAAGUCUGGGGUCUGUGGACUGUCUGCAUAGCCAGGGUGGUACUGCCCCCACCCAAAUUAAUCCUGCCCUGAUUCAGCUGACUUUUUGAUCCCCCAAUUCCAGACCAGAGAUGUCCUUGGAGGUCGGUAGCAGCAGCAGCAGCAGCUCCCCCCCCCCGCCAAAAAAAGCUUCUCUGCUUUUAAUAGGCACCAGGAGGGGCCAGUACCAAAAUAGAGGAGCCCUUAAUGUCCUUCAUCCCUCCUCAUUCAAAGUCAUUACACGGCCGUUAUACCCUUAAAAAAAACAACAUAUUUUCCUACCUCCAACUGCUAUUUAGACCCUUGAUCGUUUCUCUCCCCCCCCCACCCCCAAAUUGGAUACUUUUAAAAAAAUGCCUGUGCAUUUGAAGCCUCUCCCUAGAGUGAGCCCUUCUGAAAAACCACUCUGUAUAAAAGAAGCGCCUCUUUUUAUUAUUAUUUUAAACGGUAGAACAAAACACCCAUAAAAGUUCACAAGCGGCUUUCUAUUUAAAUCACAUGAAAGCUGUUCCGUUAAUUACUUUGGUUUGAAAAUUCCUCAUCAACUGCUGGCUGUGCCCAAGGUCAGGAGCAGGAGCUGGUGGAGGGGGGGGCAGGCGGUGGCAGGGUCUGGAAGCAUUACAAGGUAAACGACUAUUUCUUUGAGCACAGCAGUCUGGCUCAUUUCCAUUCUUAAAAUGGAUUAAUUUGUGCAACAGUUACAAUUCAGCAACAAAUAGGCGAUAGGAUAGCCCUCUUCAAAUACCUGAAGGGCUGCCCCAUGGAAGAUGGAGCAAGCUUGCUUUCUGCUGCCCCAGAGGGUAGGGCCUGAACCAGUGGAUUCAAAUGACAAGAAGGGAGAUUCUGACUAAAUCUUAGGAAUAACUUUCUGGCAUUAAGAGCUGUUUGACAGUGGAACAGACUCCCUCGGAAGGUGACAGAAUCCCCCUCAUUGGAGGUCAUUAAACAGAGGUUGGAUUCUUUAGCGUACUUCCUGCAUUGCAGAGGGUUGCUUGGGGCCUUUUAAAAUUAUACAGUUCUAUGUGUCAAUGAAUAAGGUUUGAGGUGUGUGUGUGUGUGUUUGUGUGUAAAAGGUUGUGUGUUUCCUGCACUUCCUUCCAGUCUGUUCCACUCUCACCCUAUUCUCCUUCCUCCCAGGCUCUGAGCUGAUGCCCAAAGCCCUUUCCACCCGCAUCAUCGGGGGCAUCUGGUGGUUCUUCACCCUCAUCAUCAUCUCCUCCUACACGGCCAACCUGGCUGCCUUCCUGACCGUGGAAAGGAUGGAGUCACCCAUCGACUCGGCGGACGACCUGGCCAAGCAAACCAAAAUCGAAUAUGGGGCGGUGAAGGAUGGCGCCACCAUGACUUUCUUCAAGGUGAGAUUUGAGUGUGUUCGAUCCUCACUUCCAGGCAGACAUGGAAAUGCACAGCCAGGCUGUGGGAUUGGAGCAUCAAUCAUGACAAAGGCAGCGAGGAGCAUCUGAAGAGGAAUGCAGGCCCCUUCUCUCCCCUGCUUCUCCCUAGGAAUGUCAGGGCUGGCCUUUCCUCACUUCUCCUCUACCCAAAAAUGCACUGGGAGGCAGGUUGGUUCAGAGCAAUGUGCUUGUGGCUGGUAGCACCACCCAUCUUCCUGGAACAAUACCCACCAACCCUCUUUUGGCUUUCCUUUUUAAAAAAAAAAAUGAUGUUUAUUGAGAAUUUUAAAGUUACAAAGAAAAAAGAAAGAAAAGACAAGAGAAGAAGAAAAAGAGAGAAAGAAGUAGAUAAACAUGACAAUUAAACAAUACAGAUCAAUAAAAACCAAAGUAAAAAAAAAAUAACAAAACACACAACGCAUCUAAAUCAAAAAACAAAAAUAAACAAAAAUAAACAAACAAUUAAAAAACAAGUCUAAUAUUCCCAAAUCCUUAACUUUCAUUAACUUAUUUCAACGACCUCCUCACACCUCCCUUUUUUGUAUUCUAGUUGUUAAUUAUCUCAGCAAAUCCUUUCCAUCUUUCACAAUAUUCUGUCAUUUAAAUUACCUUAAUCUAUUUUAACCUUAUCUUACCCUAAAAAACCCUAAAACUUAAAACUUAAAUCUUAUAUAUACCAAAUUCUUUUAACCAUAACAUAUUCUUACAUAAUUCUUUUUGACAUUUCUGCUAAAGCCAAAUAAUUUCAUUCCAACAUUUUUCUAGUACUCAUUAAUUUUACAAUACUUUUCUAAAUAAAUUUUGAAACUUUCUUCCAAUCUUCAUCCAUCGUCUCUUCUUCCUGGUCUCGGGUUUUGUCAGUCCUUUCUCGUCCAUCUAAUCCAUCAACCUGGUGCUCUUAUGUCCGAGGCUCUUAAGUCUUUUCCAUGUCCCUUCUGCAGGUCUUCGUCUUGUUUAUACCUGCCCUUUACUUUGUCUUUUGUUGAUCUUUUUCUUAUUUUCUUUCCUUUCUCAUUGGGGGGUAGGUCUCGGGAGGACUCCAAUCCAAAAGUAUCUCCAUCUCUCCUCAGCAAAUCAGCCCAUUCCCCACAGUCCCAUUCCCCACAGUCAACACUGUAAUCCAGAAAGUAUUUAAAAGCAUAUUUCAAAGUCUUUCCAAAAUUAAGAGCCCUCACAACUCCAGACCCCCCCUGGUCCACUCCAGAUUCAAACUUCAAGAACAGCGGCUUAUACUCCUGCAAGGCCUCUGAUCUCUCCACUUGUGUUAUUUGAGGUUCAACAGCAACCUCCUCCAUUUUCUUCUGCACUUGCGCUUGCCCUGUCAAAACAGAUUCCUGGGCUGGUUCCUGGAUGGUUUCUAUAUGGGUAUUCACCAUUUGUCCAAAGUUUUUAACUGCAACAGUCAUCAAAUCCAUCUUCUCAUGCAUCUGCUCCAGCAAAGCACUUGUCUUGCAAAAAGAAGCACCAAGACUUCUUGUAAACACAUUUUUUUCCCCAAGGUUAGAGUCUGGUCUCACGAUCCUAAUCAUACAGCUGUGAGGUCCCCAGAUCAGCUCCAGCAACAAGUUAACAAGCUCCCUCUAGAGGAGACAAUUUCUAUUUGUAUCCAUCUUUUAAAAGCAGGACCAACAAAGAAAAAUUACUUUCACUUUUCAAAUACUUUGUUUCUUUUGAUUGCAAGAAGCAACAUUGGAGUCAAUUUAUUUCUCUCUUUUUUUUUUUUACUAUCUGUCAAAAGACGUUCCGUUCACAGUCGAUGAACUUCCCCAUAAGUUUCUGUCUCUGACACCCCGUUCCCAGGUUUGAGACGGUGGAAAAUUUAUCUUUCUUUACUCUCUCUCCUGCAGGCUUAAACAGUCAAAAAUCCCCCUCUUUUCUCCUGCUUCCAAGAGGGGUUUUGGUGGUGGUGAAUGAAGGAAAUUUAGAACUUUAUAUACGACUUUCCAAACUUUAGCUUACAAAGUUUUUGCUUCAAUCUAUUUACAAAAAACGGGAGGCGGACUUCCUGUUUAGAACCUUCCCAUUUCAAUGCCAAAUUAAAAUAUUUCUUAAUACUUAAUCCAAUUUUCCAUUCUACUCACGGGUACUUAUUUAGAGUCCAAUUGUCCACAGGAAAAAGUCAGCGCUCUCCGGCAACGGCUGUACGGCUUCACUCCGUAAAAGUAGCGGUUGAUUCAAAACACCGCGCCACUCACCCCAUGUCGCUUCGGACCCCCGAAAAAGGGUUUCCCUGCGAGUAGGGGAGGCGCUCCUGGUGUCAGCCGAAUCCCACGUUCCCAGGCUUCCUCCGCCUGGGAUUUUUAAAGGGUCUCCGCCUUCGCCGCGGCGGCAAGACCCGAUUUUCAUGGAGCGGGUUCCUCUCGGUCAGAGGAACUCUGUCAUUGCCGAUGGCACUGUCCCGGAAGUCCCCCCUCUUUUGGCUUUCCAAGGUCACUGCCAAUGUGGGUUGACUCGGUGCUUUUCUUCUAGAAAAAUAGGUGCUGGUAUUGCAUACCCUUGAGUGCUCCCAGAAAAAAAGCACUGGGUUGACUAUCGAGUUGUGUGCCCAGAGAGCAACUGUCAAGCCAGGCUGAGAAGCAGAAACUUGGGAAUGAGGGAGGGAGCUUGCAGUGUGUGUGUGUGUGCGCGCGCGCGCAUGCGCUGCGUGCGUGUGCCCGCAUGUGUGUGUGCAUGAGAAAGAGAGAGAGAGAGAGAACUCAUCAUGCAGCACUAGACACACACAAUGGCUACAUCCUGUAUAGCUGCUAAUAAUUAGCAAAAAAAAAAAAAAAAAGGAGCAAACGAGGAAGGGAGCUUUCGCAUCUGGAAGAUCAGGAUCCAAGGGGGAAUUGAGGCCAGAGGCCUGGAGUUCACACACUGAUUUCAAUUAAUGCAAUGAGUCUUGCACUGCUGGUUACUGGUUAUGGCAGAUUGGUCUUGCCAGGUGUGUGUGUGUGCGAUUUUGACCUGUGCGGAAAGUACGGAAAGCAGCAGGAAAUCAUUCCUACCUAUCAAUGCAGGAAAUGCUUAUCAACUUAAAUCUAGCACAGGGGCAGGUCUUGCCAGCACACUGCACCAAGAGAAUAGCAGGCUGGAGAGUGGGAAAGUGAGUGUUGCAGAAGACCCCUGGCACAGCCCAGGGCCGUUUUCAAGCUCCUAGGCUAUAAUAUUGGAUAAUGACCUCUCUAGGGGUACACUGAGAGGCAGCUUAACUGUGGGGUGUAAAUAAAUGAUGGGAUGCAUUUUUCUUUGGCUGUGACCGACAGGUGAGGACAAGGAUUGCACGGUUAUUCUUUGUAUUAAUGUGUUUGUAAAGUUGUUCUGUUUAGGAGGCAUCCUUCCUGGAUAUAGUCAGAGUUGUCAAUGGCAACAAAAAGUGUGUCCAUGUCUUGUAAAGCAACAGAGAACACGGCUGAAAUAAGGCAUGACAGCAGCAGGACUCUGUGCCUAAACCCAGACCUGCUGCAAUGAGUGGGGAGGCAGGACCCAGAGGCAGAGGGGAAGGCAAUAUACCAGGCCCGGAGGCCAAUGCAGAGGUGGGAACUGACCAGUGAAGCUUAAUUGUAGAUGAUGCUUGAGGAAGUUUGCUCAAACUUAUCUCCAGUCUAGGUAGCCUUGUGAUGAGGUUUCAUGCUGCCAGUGAGAAACUAGGUUUGAACAGAACAAGGGACAUUCUGGAAGGGGUGCUCCCUGCCCAAGCCCUCCUCUGGGUGGUGGGCAGGAGGGAGGGAGCAGACUUUACUUCUACCCCCCAUCCAAAAAGAAAAGCUUGGAUAUUGUUAGGCCCACAAGGUAUCCUGUUCUCUCAAGAAAACAGAGUUCCCAAGUUUCAGAGUUAGUGGCCAUCACUGCCUCCUGUGGCAGUGAGUUCCAUAGUUUAACUGUGUGUGGCAUGAAGAAGUCAUUUCCUUUAUCUGUCCUGAAUCUUCCAACAUGCAGCUUCAUGGGAUGACUGCAAGUUCUAGUGCUAUGAGCAAGGGAGAAAUACUCUCUUCUAGCCACUUUCUCCAUGCAUAAAUUUAUAAGCGUCUAUCAUGUCGUAUCUUCCUCACCUUUUCUCUAAACUAAGAAGUCCCAAACUCUGCAGCCUUUCUUCAUAGGUCCACUUGAUCAUGUUGCUUGCCCUUUUCCAACUCUACAGUAUCCUUUUUGAGGUGCCUCUGGGUCCUGCCUCCCCACUCAUUGCAGCAGGUCUGGGUUUAGGCACAGAAAUGUGCAAAGUAAUGCAAAAGUUGUUGCGCCAUAGAUUUGUAUUAACAGCAUUAUAAUACUGGCAUUUUUUAAAUUUUCUUUAUGACCCCAAGCAUGGAAUUUGCCUUUUUCGUAGCUAGAGAUGUCCCCCAUGCAAGGCCUGGUUUUCUAAUGAUGAACUGGUGUGGAAAAACCACCACAGCAGUAGCAACACAGCAGCACUGGAAAUUCACCCAAAUCCAGUAAGGGAUCCAGGGAUAAAAGCUGAAUAGAUGUCAGCUGCUGCUGCUGCCUGGAUGUGCUAAUGCACAAUCGUGCACAUGCCUUGGUGGUCCUCGCAUAGCCGAAUGAGCAUCUCUCCGCAUCUCCUCUUGCCAUGGGAAAUGUCUCCUGAGCUAGGAUGUGGGAGGGCAGGAGUUUCUCGUGCCCUGCAGGUGUUUAGUUUCAACCAAUUGGCCUGCUCUGCCAUGCUGAUAGCAAAAGGGUAUAAAUAGGCCACACAGGAGGUUUUGUGAGGCCACAGCAAAGGCAGCAGCUUGAAGACGUGUGCUCAGAUUCUGCACCAAAAUCUGUUGGUUCUCUGCAUGAGGCUUCGUGCCGUCAUUUCUCAGACCCAGGAUUCAAGCAAUUGCCUUUGUGAUCAUGUGGCUGUUCUCAGUCACUCUUUCCUGGCAUCUCACAUGACAGUGCUGUCGUUGGCCAGGGGCCACUAGGGGCGCAUUGGAAGAUGGCCGACAAUACCAUCUCUCCGACCCACAUGGGGUAAUUAAGAGGCUGUUAUGGGAGUAGGCAGCCUCCCUUGUUGCCCCAAGGGAAUGGGGAACACUGCCCUUGCCUGCUGUGCCCAUAAAUCACCCCCAAAUUCGAAAGAAGGGGGUGAGGGCACUAGGCAGAAUGCCUCCCAUGUGGACCUCGGCUCUCCUGGACGCUGUCUCUGAUCGCGCACUAGCUGUAGCAAUUUGGAAUAAUUAAUUACAAAAGAAGCAAAUGCACAUAUUUCAAGUGAGGAAGGGGAGUGAAGUCUGCUAAUUUAAGUGACCUCUGCGAAAGAAGACGACGGGUUGGAGAAACAAGAAUAUUUUACGAUGAAGAUACACCUAAGGCUGGGUAUGUCGGCAACGGGACUGAAUGGGGGGGGGAACCUUUUUUACUUUCCUUUUAUGUGAUUAACUAAGAACCCCUCCUCAUUAGAACCGUCGGUUGAACUGACCCAAGCAGGAUGAUUAAGGUCUGUGUGGAGAUAAACUUUAACCAAAAGUAUGCUUUAUGGAGAUCGAGAAGCAAUAAGAGCUUUUGGAAUGGCGCAGCAAUUAAUUCAGAGUCGCCAUCUUGCCAAAGGAUUUAUAGCCGGGAGGAGGAACGGACUUGUUUUCAGACUGCAUUCCUGGUGAAUCUCCUCAGAGGUUUUGAGAAAGGAGGCAGAUUGGUGAAGAUUAAUGAUGCUAAGACUGUUUUGAUGUAUGGAAGUGAUGUUAUAUGGAAAACGUCUGGAUAUGACUACUGGAUAAAAAAUAAUAAUAUCCACGCAGGAUUACAAACUGUUUUAACCAGCUUGUGGAACUAUCAAAGGUCACAAAGAGAAAGGAAAAAUAUAUGAAAAUAACAACAAGAGAUGUGGAAAAACAAUAAGAAAGGACUGGACAGUACUGUGAACAUCAUAUGGUUAGAUUUGUGGACAUUAAAACAGCAGCAAGAAGCAAGAAGUUGAUUGGAUCCCCUUACUUGAAAUAUGGGUACCCCCAACAAAAAUUUAAAAUUCGGCUGUGUAAUUUGGAAUUUAUGUAAUUUGGUUUGAUUUGAUGUGAUUGGUCGGUUAAUAAAAAAUUAUUCUUAAAAAAAAUAGACAGUGCUGUCGUUGGCCAGAACUGCUUUACCUGACCCUCGCCCAUCAUGAGACUAUGAGAAUAUCAGGAGAGCCUGCUGGAUAAGGCUAAUGGCCCAUCUAGUCCAGCCUCUUUGCAGGGGCUGAACAGUUGGGGAAAACCUGUAAGCAGGACCCAAGCACAAAAGAGCAAAAGAGCAAAAGAGCAACAAAAGAGCAGCAGAAAACAAAAAGUUGUUUUCUGCCGCUCCAGAGAAGCGGACACGGAGCAAUGGAUCCAAACUACAAGAAAGAAGAUUCCACCUAAACAUUAGGAAGAACUUCCUGACAGUAAGAGCUGUUCGACAGUGGAAUUUGCUGCCAAGGAGUGUGGUGGAGUCUCCUUCUUUGGAGGUCUUUAAGCAGAGGCUUGACAACCAUAUGUCAGGAGUGCUCUGAUGGUGUUUCCUGCUUGGCAGGGGGUUGGACUCGAUGGCCCUUGUGGUCUCUUCCAAUUUUAUGAUUCUAUGAUUCUAUGAUUCUAUGAUUCCUUCUUGUGGUUUCUGCAACUGGUAUUCAGAAGCAAUGCUGCCUGCAACUGUGAAAGCAGAGCAUAGCCUUUGUGGUUAGUAGCCAUCAAUAUCCCUCUUCUCCAUGAAUUUGUCCAAUCCUCUUGCAAAUCAAUCCAAGCUGAUGUAAUGAUCUCAGGCAGGAAUCAUCUCACUGCCUCCUGAGGGAGUGAGUUCCAAAGUUCAGAUAUGUGUUGUGUGAAGGAGUACUUCCUGAAUCUUCCAACAAGCAUCUUCAUUGGAUGUCCACAAGUGUUAUGAGGGAGGGAGAAAACUUUUUCUCUAGCUGCUUUAUCCAUGCUAUGCAUAAUUUUAUAAACUUCCAUCUCUCCACUGCCACCUCUUCCAUCAAGACGAUAUCCAGCUCACUUCUGAAGAGGCAGGACCCACAACAGGAUGAAGCACAACUGGCUUAAACCAGAUUUCGUAGAAUCAUAGAGUUGGAAGGGACCCCAAGGGUCACCUAGUCCAAGACCCUGUAAUGCAGGAAUCACAACUAAAGCAUCCAUGAUAGAUGGCCAUGCAAUCUCUGCUGAAAAACCUCCAAGGAAGGAGAGACCCCAGCCUCCCAAGGGAGACCGUUCCACUGUCGAAUAGCUCUUACUUCAUAGUUUGCUGUGAAACUCUCUGCUUUCCCAGAUUCCUGAUCUGCCUGCAAGGCCCCUUUCCAAAAGCACAAACAGGAAACCAGGCGGGACAGGCCCUCAUUGCCCCCACCCAACAGGAUGGCUCUUCUGGUUUCAGUCAUUCACUAGGAUGAGAGUUUGGGCUCAACCCUUGUAAACUUUUCAUCAGGUUCUGGUCCUGUUCAAGCAAAAGGCUCUGAAGUGAAAGGAAGUUCAGAAAACACUCCCGCGGCCAUGAGUGGAGUGUGAGGGAAGAAGAGGAGCCUGUCUAUCUGGUCUGGUUGGGGUCUCUACAGUUUUCUUUGCCGUCAGUGGGACAGUUUUCUUGCUGUAGUCCCUCUCAGCAACUCAGCACAUCAAGGCAUGAAAAGAGACUUGCAUUUAUUUCCACAAUUUGAAAAGAAAUUAAUUGAGACAGCCAGCAGACUACGAUAUCACACUUUCUUUUCUUUCUUUCUUUCUUUUAACACAAUGCUGCUUAAGACGGAAAUUAAUUAAGAGAUUUAAUGGGGGCUUUGAAAGUGUCUUUCAGUUGUAAAUGCGUGUGUGAAGAGGGGAAGCCUGAGCUAGGGGGAAGUGCCUUGCAGGCGGAUUAUCCCUGUUGCAAAGUUAAUUUCCUUCUUUGCCAAUUUACCCUAAAGUGUGGAUUUUAGAGGAGAGGUGAUAGGUGCAAAGGCAAAUGAUGGCCAGUGAGGGCGGGAAGGGAAGUUGUGGGCUUGCAAUAAGAGUCAGGCAAAGGCAGGUACGUCCAAAGUCCGUUCUGGGGGCCGGUCGAUCUAAUCCACCCCUGGUGGCAGUAUAUGUCCUGGCGUAAAAUUCUAAAAAAAACCCCAACAACUUUGGGAUAAAAUUGUUUUAAAAAAAUCCCAUAACUGUGCUCGGCCUUAACACAUGUUCACUUCAUCAAAUCUGGCCCUCUUUGAAAAAAGUUUGGGCACCCCUGGGCAAAGGGGCGCAGUGUUGGGGUGGGUGCUGCCAGAGCAAUGCACCUAUUUCUGGGGAGCGCUGGCAGGGCAGCAUGAGAAGGAUGCAACAUACAUGCACCCUUCAAAUCAGUCCGAUCAGACUAAUUGGAAGGAUGUGUGCUUGCCCUGCUGCAUCCUCCUCACAUCACCCACCGCAGGUGCCAUGAAGACACACUCUGCCACAGUCAUCACCUUCUAUGGAACCAACCCUCAUAGGAGAUGGUGAUGUCCACCAAGCUGGAUGGCUUAAAAAGAGGAUGAGACAAAUUGAUGGAGGAGAGGGCUAUUGAUGGCCAUAGUUUGAGGCAGCGCUGUUUCUGAAUACCAGCUGCUGGAAACCACAGGAAAGGAGAGGGCUCUUGUGCUCAGGUCCUGUUUGUGGGUUUCCCACUGAAGCAACUGGUUGGCCACUGUGAGAACAGGAUGCUGCCCUAGAUGGCCAUUGGUCUGAUCCAUCAGACUCGUCUUAUGUUCUUUUGAUGAAUGCUGUCCCUGGAAAGGCAGGCAUUGUUUUCAAAGCAGACCAUUGCAGAUGUUGCAUUCUUAUCCCAUCCUUUCUUCAAAAAGAGGUCUCUCAGUUUUAGGCUCAUGACAACACGGUUGCUAAGACAGGUGAGCUUCAAGGAGAAACUGGGAUUUGAACUCCCUGUCAGACACCAGAACCCUUUUGCUCAUUGCACCCCCCACACUGGUGCCUCCUGUGAAAUUCUGUUUGCUGUGGGGUGGAAUCUGGACAGGUCACAUCCACCCACUAUCCAUUUAGAGCACAUGGCUUCCCCCAAAGAACCUGGGAACUGUUGCUUCCCCUCACAGAGCUACAACCCCAGCACAGUUAACAAACAAUAGUUCCCGGGUUUCUUUGGGGGGAAGCCAUGUAUUUUCAAUGUAUGGAAUGGAUGAUGAUGAUGAAGAAGAAGAGUUUGGAUUUGAUAUCCCCCUUUAUCACUACCCAAAGGAGUCUCAAAGCAGCUAACAUUCUCCUUUCCCUUCCUCCCCCACAACAAACACUCUGUGAGGUGAGUGAGGCUGAGAAACUUCAGAGAGAAGUGUGACUGGCCCAAGGUCACCCAGCAGCUGCAAGUGGAGGAGUGGAGACGCGAACCCGGUUCACCAGAUUACGAAUCUACUGCUCUUAACCACUACACCACACUGGCUCUGGAUGAGACCUGACGCUUGGGAAAGCGACCAAUGGUCAAGCCAAAUUUGUUUCUUAAUUAGCUGCAUGAAAUUUGAGCUGGUCCCUGGAUUUGGCAUGGGCAUGUACAUAACUCUCUUGUUCCAAAAACAACAUAAUAUAUGAAUUAAAGUGGGAAUUAAAUUUGGUGUACAAACUGGGGAAAUGUAAAGGAGUGUCCUGGGAAGAGUCCUAAACAGAGAUGUUUGGAGAGCUUCAUUUGCUCCCCACCCUGGGCCACUUGUUGAGAGAAAACAGUUAAGCUUCACUUAACUGCUGAUCCCAGUUGGAACUGAAAAACAUAUGUUGAAGAGUUGGUGCUUAUUCACACUGGUGUUUAAUAUGUGUUUGCAGCUGACCAAACCUUAAAAAUACAGCUUCCUUCACAAGUAAGGGUGAGGAAACCCUGAAGCAUGAUGAUGUUAUAGGGGUGAGACAGAAGGAGGGAGCAGGAUGUGCUCUGUUUGACAGCCACCUUGCAUCCUCUUGUUCCAGCCUCUUGACAGAUGGAAACACAAAGCUUUUGCCUUCUACUGCAAGUGAGGGGCAGUUUAUUUGUUUGUGGAUCAGGGCGUUCACACAUGCAUAUACAUAAUUGCCCAGCAGUUAUGACUGUACUGUGAACCAGUUACUGAAAGGCUUUUUCUUUUUGAUCUAAACUGAGGUUAAUAGCAAAAUUCUGUUCGUGCAGCUUCACACAGGUAAGGCAUCAGCGAGUGAGGAGCAUGCAUGUGUGAACAGUGCUUUGACAUGUGUCUGGACAAAGCCGAUGUUCCUCUUAGAAAUGAAAAGCAUUUGAAAUGUGUGUGGGAUGAUUCUGCUUGGAAGGUUUUUUUACAUUCAAGGAGUAUACAAAUGUUAUGGUUCAGGAAUUGCUUUGCCUGAGAGGUGGGCUGCCUUCUUUAAGUUCUGAUGGGUGGUGGACUCUUCUGAGCACAGGCAGAAACCUGGUAGCAGUCCUAGUGGGCAAAGGGGAUAGGGAGGAGAUGGGUGGCAGGAGAAAGUAGGAGAGGGAGAGAGAGAGAGACCACUUCAAACACUCAAAGCAAAAGCCUCAGGUUGUUAGCUGUGAUUCAUGCACUGCAAGGGAUUGGACUUUCAACCCUACAAUUCUAUAAGUUUCCUUCAGACAGUGGCUUCCUGCUGCUCCCAUGGGUCCUAACCGUGGAGCUUACUUGCAUUGCCUUGGUGUCCUGUCUCUUUAAAUCCUGCUGUCAUUCCAUGAAUAGCAACAUCUUUCAUUCAGGACUAGUUCAGGCAAAGAGGAGGGAUUGACCUCAAAGUCUCUCACACCACUGGUGCCCCCAUCUGACCUCUGCAUUUCUUGUUCCAAUAAUAUAAUAAUAAUAAUAAUAAUAAUAAUAAUAAUAAUAAUAAUAAUAAUAAUUUUAUUAUUUUAUUAUUUAUACCUUUCCCAUCUGGCUGGGUUUCCCCAGCCACUCUGGACAUCUUACAGUGCAUACAGAAACACACUAAAAUGUUAAUUAAAAUUAGCCCCCCAAAGGCUGGUCUAUGCAGAAUCCAGAGUCUUUUGGCCUCCUCAGUCCAGGGAUGGUUCUGGCAGGGUGUGUGAGUGUGUGUGAGAGAGAUUUGCAACAGGGUUUCCUGGCAACCUGCACAGAGGGUUUGCUUGCCAUGAAAGAAGAAUGGAUGCCAAAAUUAGCAGAUGGGCUGCCCAUCAAACAGCUGCUAUUGCAAAGCGCUUCUAUUAAUUUGAACAAAACAACCCAUUUAAACCGAAAUUCACUUGCUAGAGACUAGAGUAUGUUUAUAACAUCCAAUCAUGAUGUAACAAAGGGUGUAGCAUCUCAAUAAAUCUUCCGAUGUUGUUGGGUGUGUGGGGUUUUCUUUUUUUUUUUAAUCUCUGCAUGGCGCUUAAAUCAAUAGAUGACAGAUACCUGAUUAACUUCAAAAGCUGAUGUUGUUAAUUGCCUGCUGUAUUGACUGUUAGCUUUUAAUGGCAAGCAAUUACAGUGGACAUUUGACAACUAAUAUGGUUAUUAAAAAAAGAAUAUACUCUCUCCGAGGUGAUGCAGCAAUAGAAAGUGGGAGUUAAUUUGCAUGUAAUCAAAGCCUAGCCCUAAUUGAAGAUGCUUUCCAUUGGAGCUUGACUGACAUUUACAGCAAUAAAAAAGAACAUGGCAUGCAUACCCCACCCCCACCAUAGCUUUUAGGCCUUUAAACGGGGAGGGGGGCGGUCAGUGGAGGUAUAGCUUUAUAUUUUUAUAGAUGCUCCCCAAGAUUUUUUAGUGGAAAUCAAGCCUGCUGGAGACCGUAGACUAGAGACAAGCUAUAGUUUUUAAAAAGAGUUGAAGGUGAUAAAAUGAAAACAGUUUCCUAUAUGUUUUGUUGUAACGGGGUGCACAGACCACAUGAUUCAGGUCGGACCUAGUUUUGGCAGUAUGGAAAAUAGCCUCAGUCCAAAGCCCUUCAUCAGCUGGUCAGUUUGGUGUGGGGAUUUUUUUUGGGGGGAGGGUCCUAUCCAAGUCUGUUCCUUCCACCCCCAUCCCAUUUCAAAAGUUAGUUGGAGGGAUAAUAUGCUCAGUUACUUUUAAGUUUGAUUAUUUUUAAAAAGCAGAACAUCUAUGACUUUUUAUUAUGGGACAGAAUUGGAUGAAAUUUGCAGGCUAGUUCACUCCUGAAGGCAUGAAUUCUACAAAAUUUCGGGACUUCCGGGUUAGCGCCAUCGCCGAAUGGCGGACUCCCUCCGAGCUCCGGAGGGAGUCUGCUCGGCAGGGGCUGGGUCCUACCGCGCCGGCGACGCGGGGACCCUUAAAAACCACGGGCACGGAGUCCGUGGACAUGGGUGACUCGGCUUGCACCAUUAGCGCCCUCCCGACUCGUGAAGGAGCCUUUUAAAGGCUUCGGAUCGGGUGCCGGGGAGUGGCGUGGUGCUUUGAGUCCACUGCUUUCCCUGCCGAGCGCAGCCGCAUGCCAUUCGACGGAGAGCGCUGACUUCUUCUAUUGAAAAUUUGGACUUUUAACAACAACCCGUGAGUAAUUGGGAAACCGGGUUUAAAAUUUUGGAUUUUGGAUUUGGCACGAGCGGGGCGAUUUAAAAAGGAAGUCAAUCCCCCCCCCUAUUGUAAGCAUUCCAAAACAAGGACUGGGUAACCAAGGUCCAAAGGGAAGUAUGUUUCUGAUAAAAAUCAUUAAUUCCACGAUGGGAAAUUAUAAGAAAUGUGCUGGAGGAGAAGAGUGGAGGAUGAGAAGAAAAAUGCAACCCCCCCCCUGGGAACCGGGGCGAUUCGUGGAGCCUGGUGAAGAGAGACGGAGACUUUGACAGCUGUCAAAGUGGCUGUCAAAGCUGGAGAAUAUAAAGAGGACUUUAUGAGGACUUUGCUGGUAAAUUUUGCUACAAUUUGCUAUAAUAUGGAUAUAAACUGUUGGAAAAUAAGCAACAAUUUGACUUUUGGAUUAGAGGAUACAAAGUUAUUACAAUCCCCCUAGAGGGGUUUCAGGAUACUACAAGAACGGUCGUAAGUGGAAAAAUACCCUGGGAUUCGCACAGGAUUUGUUAUCUUCUGGGAAAGCUGCAAAACUGAAAGAGUAUUUUGUCUACAGAGGAAGACAAUGGAAUUUUUAUUGAAGAAAGAAAGGGACUGGACGUAAGUUUUUGUUCCUGAAUAACAAACCUCUGCAGAGACACUAGAUUUCUGAAUUAGAAAGUUUUAGCAGCUGAACAGGACAAGAAACCUGAGAAAGUGAGGAAUAAGAAGAAUAAAGGACUGAUUACGACACGGAAAGAACAACGGGAGGAGUGGUAAAGAUCAAGGAAAUUAAAGGCCUUUGUUAGAUUGGACAUUUGAAGUCAAAUAUUAUUUAAAUUAAUAAACUAAAAGAAAACCGGCAAGAUGGAAUCGGGAGAAAUUUGGUCAUGAAAUGAGAUUUCCAAGCUGAUAAUGUAUAGACUGAUGGACAUGGGGAAUUCAAACCGGGAAGGGGGGAGAUUUGAAAUCCAAAGGCUGUGUAACCAUUUUUUGAACUUUUCUAUAUCUUUUAUUUUCUAUUUCUUUACAUAACUUACGCAUGUUAUUUUACUUUGAUCGGACGUGUUUAAAAAAAAGGAAUUUGUGGAAGGAACUGGGGUGGAUCUUGGGGAAAAUCUUUUUCUUUUUCUGUUAAUGAUGUGGGACGGUGGUAAGAUUUGUACAAUUCAAAUUGGAUAGUGGGUUAAACAAAUUAAGCUUUAAAUUUGGGAGUGAGAGCUUGUAGAACCAAAUUAAGGAAAGGGGAAUACAACCGGGGGAGGGGGAGUUCCAGAAAGUAGGGAAUGAAAGUAAGGUUUUUAAAUAUCUUCUUUUUUUAUUUUUUUUUCUUUGUACUUUUAUAUUUUUGGAAACUUCAAUAAAUAUGAUUUAAAAAAAAAAAAAUUCUACAAAAUUUCAGAAUGAUUGUUUAUGUCUUGUUUUAAAAACAAGAUAGGUGCCCCUAGGCAUGCCAAUUUGCAGACAAAUAUGUUUAGGGGUUUGGGGGCUGUUUCUUAAAAUUACAGGCUGCAUCAACUAUGUAUAGUGUCCAGAUCUAGGGAAGCAAUAAUAUCACUAUUCUGCUUUGGUCUGACCCCAGCUGGUUUGUUGGCUAUAGCCAGUGACAAUCAGAGGGAGGGCUGGGAGGGCUAGCUACUUUGGAAUAUUUCUGUCCAAAUAAUAUUUCUGUGUCUUGACCUUUGGGGCCUUACUAGCUGCUCAGUAUCGAUAAUGAUCUGCUUUGAAGGGACCAUCUUUGGCUGUUCCCAAAGCUCAAGCUCAAAAGGGGACCUCAGAUUUAGACACUUGUUCAACUUAUCAAAUGCCAAAAAAUUAACAACUUGUUUUUAUGGGCAUCAGACCAAUAUGUGAUCUCCUUGGAAUGUAAGUUUGUUUUUAAGUCCAAUUAUGUCUCAUUCUUUUUGGUGCCAUAUUUUGUUUUCAUGUGUUUCCUUUUUAAAUUAUUAUUAUGGCUCAGAAUCCGGAAGUGGCUAGGCCUCUCCUGACCUCUUGGAGGUGGAGUCUGGCUGUAGCUCUCUGCAGGGACAAACUCUCAGGUAGCUGUCCAAGGUAUGGAAGGCCCUCUGCUUGGUUAGGUUUCCUGGCUGACCAUGGCCUGGUUUUCCUGCAAGCCUCACAACUCCCACAGAACUGGACACAGGGCAGCCCACCUGACCUCCUUACUGUAUCUGCCCUCAUGACCUUCCAGGUAUGACCAAAUAUACAAAGCCACCAAUAAAUCAAAUCAAUAAACAUGACACUCUCAAGGUUUUUUAGAAGCAGAUUUUCCAACUGCACAAAUUCCCUACCAGGCACCCCACACUAAAAAAGCCCGAAUGAACACUAGUGUGCUCUCCCCACCCCCGAUUUGCUUACACCCUGUGACAGGGGCAGUUUCUCUGUAGGAGUCAACAGUUCUUAUUUACUAUACAGGACAGUCCAAUGGCCCCUGCAUCAUUGUAAAUCCCAAAUCAGUGACACUCCCACUGGUGCAAGGACCUUUGUUCCCAAUGGCACAUUUUGUGUCCUGUUGUACACUAAACAGAAAAGCCUCCUAAACCCCAAUGCCAGAACAGUAUGGAGCAGGCAGAAAAUGUAAUUCCCCAAGGCCAUUUGAGGGAUUCACCUAAAAGAGAUCUUUAGUGGACGUCUGGCUAUUGCACUGGGUCAGGGGAACAGGUAGUCGUGCUAGAUCCAAAGUGGGUGGCCCCCUCCUUAUAAAAGCAUGUGUGGUGGGGAACUAGUGUGGUGUAAUGGUUUGGGUGUUGGACUAGGACCUGGGAGACCAGGGUUCAAAUCCUCACUUGGCCAUGAAGCUCAUUGGGUGACCGUGAGCUCAGCCACUGCCUCUCAUUCCAACCUACCUCACAGGGUUGUUGUGGGGAUUAAUUAAUGCGGGGAAGAACUCUGUAAGCCACCUUGAGCUCCGUGGAGAAAAAGGUGGGAUAUAAGUGAAAUAAAGAGAUAAAUGUGUUACGGUUCAGGGUUAUGCCCAAAUGUGCCCAGAUUCUGUUCUGUUCGGUGUGUAAUCUGUUGUGGAAAGUGCUGGAAUUCAAAUGUUCUUCACCUAAUGGUUGGUAUAUGACUCCUUAGCUACCGUUUAUGACUCUCACUUUUAAAACAGCAAAUGAAAUGAGCUGCACCUCCCUCCCAUACAAAAGCAAUAACAACAAACUGUCCAGAGUGCAUUUAAAGACAAGAUAAUGGCUCCUACAGGAGGGGCCCCCAUAGCUCACCAAAUGGCUUCAGUGAUGUGAGGCAGGCCUCCCUCCUCCAAGGCGGAAAACUCCCACAACUGGGUUGAGAGAACUUGAUGGUAAUAAGAAGUAGUAUAUCAUACCCUGAAGCACUUCUGAGCCAAAUCGUCUUCAUUGCAUGAUUUAGGUGAAAGUCAAUAACAGCGCCGCCACCCCUCCCCCCAUCCUGCCAACUUGGCUGCUGCCAGCUGAGAUUGUAUUUCUGUAGUUAUCUUCAGUGUGUGAAAUACUUUGCAGCUCUUCCCUAAUUUAACUUCACAAUAGCUUUCCGGCGUAGGAAAGACUAAGUAACAUUUGAGUAGGGACUACCCAAUUGUAGCUUAGAUUGUUUUAGAGCAGGGGUAGUCAACCUUUUUAUACCUACCACCCACUAAUGCAUCUUUCUUGAUGGUAAAAUUUCCUUACCGCCCACCAGUGCUCAAUGAAAGGAGGAUUCAGCUUGUGCUACCUACCGCCCUACCUAGAAUCCUGAAACGCCCACUAGUGGGUAGUAGGGACCAGGUUAACAACCCCUGUUUUAGAGGAACAAAAGAAUACUCCCUGCUGGAAGGAAGCAAAGGUCCUUCAUUCUGCUUCUAGCUCAGGCCCCCAGCAUGGAAGUGAUGUCAGCUGCCUGUUUGUCCCCCAUUUCUGAUAUUCGGAGGCACACUGUUUUCGUAUCUGAAAGUUCUGGUUAGGUAACAGAUGUUGAUAGACACAUCCCUCUCCGUGUAUUCAUUUAUUUUUUUUAAGCCACCAAAAGCAGUGGCUAUCAUUGCAUCUUGAGACAAUGAAUUCUACUCAUUCAUUCAUUCAUUCAUUCUAUACCUCCUUUGGCCUGUCCUAAACCUAUGGGCAUAGCUGGGGUGGGGCAAGAUGGCAGCUGCCCCCCAAAUCAAUAAAAAUAACUGAGGUUCUGUCCCCGCCCCCUUAUCAAAAGUCUCCCUGUUUAACAAAAAUCCUGGCUAUGCCCAUGCCUGAACCUUGUGCCGAACAACUGCAUUGGGUGACCCAGAAUUCCAGCAUUAAGAGAGAGGGAGAAGAAUAUCAUCCAUUUGUUCCCUUUCCACUAGUAAUCUAGGGCUGCUGUUGUUGUUGUUUAGUUGUUUAGUUAUGUCUGACUCUUCGUGACCCCAUGGACCAGAGCACACCAGGCACUUCUGCCUUCCACUGCCUCCCGCAGUUUGGUCAAACUCAUGCUAGUAGCUUCGAGAACACUAUCCAACCAUCUCAUCCUCUGUCGUCCCCUUCUCCUUGUGCCCUCCAUCUUUCCCAACAUCAGGGUCUUUUCCAGGGAGUCUUCUCUUCUCAUGAGGUGGCCAAAGUAUUGGCGCCUCAGCUUCAGGAUCUGUCCUUCCAGUGAGCACUCAGGGCUGAUUUCCUUCAGAAUGGAUAGGUUUGAUCUUCUUGCAGUCCAUGGCACUCUCAAGAGUCUCCUCCAGCACCAUAAUUCAAAAGCAUCAAUUCUUCGGCGAUCAGCCUUCUCCAGCUCUCACUUCCAUACAUCACUACUGGGAAAUGUUACAGGGGUGUUACAUUCAGAAAAAAAAUGAGCCAAGAAUGUGUGUGCAUCCUAUACACAACACAAGCCAGUUCUUUAGAUGUUUUGGACUACAACUCCCAUCAGUCCUUUAGCUCCUUUGUAUAGCCAGGCUGUCAGGUUGGCAAAGGCUGUUGUGUGUACUGACACAAAGUACUAUCAAGCAACUUAGAAACCAGAAUUGAGACACCAUCCAUCAUGAGAAGCAAUAGGAGAACAGUUGGUUGCUCCCAGAAUGAUUGUGUGAGAGUGAGAGUGAUAGUGAGAGUGAGACAGAUAGACAGACCAAGAAACAAACAAACAAAUAAACAAACAAUCUGGGCAACAGCAAAGUACAGUUGAGUAAGCCUUUCCUGUGCAGCCAUAGUACAAGCCAUAGUCCAUCACCAGCAUUUUGCAGACCAACUGCUUUCUUGCAGUGCUGAAAUUGAGUUCCAGGGUUGGCAUGCCUUAUUCCAUAAGCAUCUCCUGGGACAUGAAACACCAUUGACAGAUCAGUGGAAGGAGGAAGCACUGUGAUGCUUUCAGGUUGGACAAAGAAGGGAAGAGUGUCUGUGUGGCAGAGAUGCUUUUUUGCAGCCUUGGGCUUCCUGCCAUUAUUAAAUACAUUGUUUUCUGUUUUCCAUGGGUCUGUCAUUUUAGAAAUCCAGGAUCUCCACUUUUGAAAAGAUGUGGGCCUUCAUGAGCAGCAAGCCCUCAGCUCUCGUUAAGAACAACGAAGAAGGGAUCCAGCGUGCCCUCACCUCCGACUAUGCCUUGCUGAUGGAAUCCACCACCAUUGAGUACAUCACCCAAAGAAACUGCAACCUGACUCAGAUUGGGGGUCUUAUAGACUCCAAGGGCUAUGGGAUCGGCACUCCUAUGGGUGAGGAAAAGCAGUGCCUGGCCAGGGGAAUGCAAGAACUGGGUUUGCUAAGGCAUGCUCAUAAUAGCUGCUCCAAAUGCUGGGCUGGAGACUCACUGGCUCCUGCAGUGCUUCCAGGUUGGGUUGCGGGAGAGGGAUCCAGCUUGUUGGAGUGCAGAGCCUUUGGCUUUCUUUGCUUUGCAUAUAAUAGCAUGCCCACUUUCUCUGUGCCUCCCACUUUCAGGUUCACCCUACAGAGAUAAGAUCACCAUUGCGAUCCUCCAGCUCCAGGAAGAGGCCAAGCUGCAUGCCUUGAAGGACAAGUGGUGGAGAAGCAAUGGCUGCCCUGAGGAGGAGAACAAAGAAGCCAGUGCCCUUGGGAUCCAGAACAUCGGGGGGCUCUUCAUCGUCCUGGCAGCUGGCCUGGUCCUCUCCGUCUUCGUGGCCACCCUGGAGUUCAUCUACAAGCUGCGCAAAACAGCAGAACGGGAGCAGGUAUGGGCUGUGGCAGGACCACACAGGGAUCACCAAUCUGACCCCUACAAAAAACCCACAAUCUGAACAAGGAAGUUCCUUAAAGGAACUUUCUGUCCAAAAGCAGCCUCUCCCCUUUUCGGGAAUGUGCUUGUGCACAUUCAGUGUGACAUUUGAAAUGGGGUUGUAUUAUUAUUAUUAAUUAUUGUUACAAUUAUUAUGUUUGAAUAAUUUUUACCUGCCCUUCACAAUAAUGUUCUAGGUUAAAUUCAAAUAUCUUUAAUACGGUCAAUGACCAGGAAGCAAUUUAUAAAAUAUGACAUUAAGAGUAGUAUUGUGCUACAAGUAACAGUAAAAAUAUGGCCAAUUCACAGAAUUGGUGCUUAUAUUUAUGACCAGGUUUCGAGUUUUAAGUUUUUAAAAUUCAGUUCAGGAGUCACUACUGUUUAUUAUUGUUCCUUCAAUGUUUACAGUUUGAACUCCUUUGUAGACAUCAUUGCUCGUCUUAUUCUUGUUGCAAUGUAACAGUACUUUGCCACGGACCUGUUAAUUUCGGGCUCUUUGUCAGCUAAGAGGUGUCUGAUAUAGGUGUUGUCUGUACUACGAGGUAUUUUCCUCAGAAUCGGUUCGAUCAGCUCUUUUCUUGAGUCUCAAUAUAAUGGGCAGUAUAAGAUAAUAAUGUUCUAGGUUAGAUUACAGCAUUAAAACACAAUAUAAAAAACAAUAUGUGGUGGCCCUUAAGCUAUGAAGCUUCCUCCCCACAGAGGUGGUUUUGGCACAUACACAUUGAAUAGCUUCCAGAGAAUGUUGAAGAUGUACGUCCUUACUCUGGCUUUUGACACUUGAGGUGCAUAUUUUCAGGACCUCGCUCUCUUAUUUUUAUAGCUCUAAUUUGUUUUUGUAUUGUGUUUUAACACAGCAACCUGCCCUGGGACUUUAGUCAUAAUAAGACCUUAAUAUUGAGAAUAAUACUCUAGUCUAAAUGAAUGAAUGAAUGAAUAAAAUAACCUUCGGUGUUGCUAAUGCAGCAGUUUGACUUCACCCCCAGAGCUGCCAACAAUGAACAUACAAAAGUGUUUUAUAAAUCCUUUCCUCAUGAGAAUGCACCAGUAACAGUACAACAACCAUGAGAUCUAGAAACUUGUCCUCUUGGCUCCAGUUCUGCCCCAGGCAGCAUGCUCAUACGCACACACAGCACACCGGCCUGUAAUGGUCCCCUGGUCCUAGACAAGUCUGUUUCCUGCAUGCUUCCCAUUUCAGCAAGCAAGAGCCACUGCAGGUUCAUUGUGCUUGCGACAUUCCCCUGUCACGUGCUGAUUUCUGCCUCAAGGUCAUUUCACCCCAAAUCUAAUGCAAGCCUCCUUCCUGUGCCUCCUCCUUUCUUCCAGCGUUCCUUCUGCAGCGCCAUGGCCGACGAGAUCAGGCUCUCUCUCACCUGCCAUCGCCGGGUGAAACACAAGCCCCAGCCCCCCGUCAUGGUGAAGACAGACGCCGUCAUCAACAUGCACACGUUCAAUGACAGGCGGCUUCCUGGCAAGGACAACAUGGCCUGCAACACGGGACUGACCCCCGUGUUCCCGUGA